AUGUCAGACCACCCUGGAUCCAGCCCCAGCCUUAGCACCAAUCCAAAGAGGCCCAGAGUCACCAAGAACCCCGAUGCUGAGGUUACAGCGCAAGAACCGGCCCCGCCAGUUUUUAACCGUAAACUCCGUAAAGCGGCGGUGGGGACUGGCUGCGAUAUCCGGCUGAGGGUGUCCGUGUCUGGGUUUCCCAAACCUACUCUGACCUGGUACCGCAACGAUGAGCUCCUGCCUCCAUCUGAGAACCAGGACUCCGGGGGUCUUUGGAUACGGGACUGCCACACGAGUGACGCCGGCUUGUAUACCUGCAUGGCGACCAAUGAGCUGGGAGAGGCAAGCUGCAGCGCUGUAUUGGCUGUCAUGGACCUGGGUGAAGGUAAAUACCUGCAGAGACCUACACAAGAGGGUUCUUUUUAAAAGAUUAUUAUUCAAGGUUAGUUUUUACACCUUUAGUGCCUCUUACAUGAAAAAGCAGCGGCUGAUUUACAGCAAACACUUGAAAACCUGGACUAAAGAUAGCAUUUAAAUCUGUUCAACUAAUUGCCUUUCUCUUCUUUAAUUAAUAUGUAUCCCUUGAUAGAGUCUGGGAGAGUGCACCCAGACUAAACAAUGCAAAUCCAGCCUCUGUGUUUUGAUCAUCAGACAGUAGCCCUGCCUUCCUCGUCUGCAGAGCAGCAACAGGAGACGCUUAAAAUUAGCUCCCGAAUGCAAAUGGAGUCUCCGCUUUGGUGCACCUGCCGUCGCUUUCUAUUAGCUGCACAGCUGAGCUUUGGAGUUGUUUGUUGUGUUUACUGAGCGUGUUCUUACAUUUGCAAGUAUUCUGCAUCUAAUGUGAUCCGGGGAAACUUAAAUUAGCCUGUGAAAAUGUUGGCCGCGAGACCAAACAAAUCAUUAGGGCGGUCUCCACCUGCGGACAUAAGUGGGUGUAAUGGAGAGCCCUCAUUACCAGCUGCUGCUGUUUGUUGUAACAUAAUGCAAACAGUAGUGUGAUACAAUAAUAAGGUAUUUAUGACUGCAGAUUGAUGUCAGCUGGGAGGUUUGAGAUCUUAAUUGUUUUGUUGUAAAUACUACAGAAGUGAUACUCAGGAUUUCCUGAUAUAGAGUUAGAUUCUUUCAAACUCCGGCCCAUCUCUGGCACCACAGCGAUUUCAUAUUUCAAAUACUAAAAUGCUUUUGUAGGGCAGUCCUCCUUUAUGUGGUUGUACUGUCAUAAAUUCACACAGCAAAGUAUGCAAACAUAAAUCACUUCUUUGAAACGCUAGAGUAACAGCCCCGUUUGUCCCAUCUUCCAAAUUAUCCUGAUGUCUCAUACACAUCUCCAGAACUCCAAAGAAAUCAAUCACUGUAUUGACUUUACAAUAACGUAAUUCAUUUUAGUGUUUUCCACGAAAAUGCUACAGCAGACGGGGUUUGGACUGUACUUAAAUGCAUUAACCCCCCAUAUAUUUUGUUAUGUCAUUAAUCUUUAUUCAUAUUACAAGGCAGAUCAUGUUUUACUAUUGAUUUACUGGAGCACACUUUUUUUUGCACCGUAUUGAAAUUGUUGUUAUAAUAACAGGUGACAAGAGCUUUGGAACAGAUAAAGACAAGAUAACAGGUGAUGUGUAAGGGCCUGUGUCCACUGAUGGUGUCAUUCCCAUCUGGACAACAUGAUAAUGAUCUGAUGAUGAGAGAAAUAUAAGGGCCUCUGUCCAUUGAUGGCAUCAUUACCAUCUGGACAGCAUGAUAAUGACUUGAACAUGAGAGAAAUAUAAGGGCCUGUGUCCUCUGAUGGCGUCAUUCCCAUCUGGACAGCAUGAUAAUGACCUGAACAUGAGAGAAAUAUAAGGGCCUGUGUCCACUAGAAGCAUCAUCUUUGCUAGGACAAGACUUGAUAAUGACCUAAUAUUAAGAGACUUGUCAGGGCCUGUGUCCCCUGAUGGCAUCAUUACCAUCUGGACAAUGUGAUAAUGAUCUGAUGUGAGAGAAAUAUAAGGGCCUGUGUCCACUAGAAGCAUCAUCUUUGCCAGGAAAAGACUUGAUAAUGACCUAAUACUAAGAGACUUAUCAGGGCCUGUGUCCACUGAUGAUGUGAACUGCCUAUAGAUAAGGCUUGUUCAUGAUAUAAUGACAAAAAAGAUGUAUUUAAGGCCAUGCCCAUUUAUGAAAUGGUCUGUGUGUAAGCAAGGAUUGUUGGUUAUAAUGUAUAAGGGCCUGUGUCCACUAAUAGCAUAAUCCGUAAAUGCAUGAGACGAGAUGUAAUGAUAAGAGAUACACAAGGAUCUUUACAACUUUGCUAAUGAAGUGAUCUGUGUGCAGGUAGUGCUUGUGAAGUAUGCAAGAGUUCUGUUAGGGCCUGUGUCCACUAAGAGCAUAAUCUGCAUAUGAACGGGAUUUGUCAAUGAGGUUUUGAGAAAAGACGUGAAAGGGCCACAUGUCCACUAAUGGCAUGAUUUCCGUACGAGUGAGACUUGUCAAUUAUGCAGAUACAAAAAAUGGAUUAGGGCCUGUUUCCACUAAUAGCAUAAAAUGCAUAUAGAUGAGACUUGUCUGACAUAAUCACAAGAGAUGUAUAAAUCCAAUCUCAUGUGGGUGAGACUUGAAAAUUAUUCUGCAUUUUGCCUCAAUCCAAGAGUAUAUGCAGAAAGACGUUAGCAGCCACCAGCUGCAGAUCGAGUUAAAAACAGCGGUGUUCGGAGGUUUGUAUUUCACAUGAGGAGCUUAUUUUACAUGAUGGUUUACAACAUACCUUCACAGCUAAGAAUAUACUUGGUCUGCUGUAAUGUGCGGAAAACACUGUUUUUUUUAGUGCCGGUAAUGAUAUAAAAUCCAGCUAAAUAUCAAGCACUUUGGAAGGUUAGCUCUGACUAAAAUACAGUGCAACAUAAACAUGCAUUUCUAACAUUCGAAAACGCAUUAGUGUCUCGCUCCACGCCACUUUAGCGUGAUGGAUCGGAAUGGGCUGUCCAUUAUUACCCUGUUUAUCUUGUCACCAUAGCCUUGCAGAGAUAAGGAGAGCAUUUGUCAGAGAGGCUUUUGUGGCUUUUUUCAAGCGCAGGUCUCCUCCAUGCGCCUCUAGCGUAAGCUCUAUUUUUCAUAUGUCACAGCUGCAGCAGAAUUUAUUAACUUUGAUCAGUAAAUAAGUCGAGCAAUGGCUUGGCGCCAAACUCCCGCUUCCAUUAAGUGGUGAUUUUCUGCUUUAUUAAAAACCCAACAGGCCGAGACACAUCAUUAAACCGCAUUUUGCCCGGAUAUUGAGCGUCACAAUGAGAGUUAUAAAUAUGUCCGACCGGUUUGCAUCAUUGAUUUGAUUGACGGUGUCAAAUAUAGACUACAAUUUCCAAUGAGAUCAUAGUCGGGUAGAUCUGAUCGGUCUUGCUGCCUCGGCCUGGAGGGUGGAAGUUGACGGUUGAGCUCACAUGUCAGCAGGUCUCACACUGGGAGCUGGCAGGGACGGUCCAGCUGGCGGAUCACUCAGCACCCUCUCUGUUUCACUCGCCUGGAUUUGAACUCCAAACAUCAUGAUUCCCAUAAACCAUCUCUCCGUCUUUAGGCGGAUAUUUCACCUCAUCGUCUUAUAAAAGCAGCAGGUUUUGUGACAAACUCAUUUUCGCCUGUCCUCCUCUUGUCCAAACUCGACAUGUUUGCCCUUGUCUCUCUCAUUGUUUCUCCGCUCCGAGCCGUGGAUGUGACACUCGAACUUGUGUCACAGUGAAGUCGCACGAAUGCAGAGCUGAGACUUGACUGCUGCUGGGAGAUUUGGCAUGCAUCAGACUUGACCCUGCGAAGGCCUGACCUAGAUGCAGAAACACCCGAGUUAAGCCCUUACAAAACCAUUCAACAACCCCAACCUUUAAAUUAUGCAUCGUAUGAGCCUCAGGUUGUGUUUAGGAGGUAUUUUAAGACGCUGUUAACAUCGUUUUUAAGAGGACACAGUCAAAUACAUGGUUGCCCAGAAAUGUGAGCGUACUUUCCCUGAGCCUCUUUGUUUUUCAUGUAAAUAAUGUGAGAUAUUUAGGCCAAUGGCGAACAGCUUUAAAACACGUCUUCUUAAACCACUACGUCCUGGUUUCCUUCCAUUUUCCUGCUUCCCUCUCUCUCCCCCCGUGGUUAUUUAUGGUUCAGUAUGUGUCGUGCUGGCCACAGGGCUCGCGCUCGAGUGAUGUGUGGAUGCCGCCGGCCCCCCUUCUCCGAUUGCACCGGCAGACAUCACGGAUAAUUAUAGCAUCGCCACGGUCAAGACGCGGCGCUGUCACACUCAAUCACGGUCAGCGUGAUGAAAGAGACGCAGGAGGGGAAGGAGGGGAGGGCGUACAGGGGCGGCAUGGGGCUGUGAAUGUGUAUCAGUGUGUUUGCACACGUGUGUGCGUGCAGGUUUAAUGGCUGCUUUUGAACACCGAGUCAGGCCCACAUCCAGGUCUGCCACUUUAAGAUUUCACCCCGAGAGAUGAGACCAACCAGAAACCAGGGUAGUUCUGUGUCACAAGUCUAGACCACUUUACUGACGUCACGCUGUGGUUCGGUGCGCGGCUUUGAUUAACUUCCUGUCAGGACAGAGAGGCUGAAAAAUACUUUGAUAGAGCCUCUUAGAAAGCAGCUCAUCGCUCACCUGUGGUAUUUUAAGAUGCUUUUAUUGAAGGCGAUUGUUGUUUUGUGACGCAGGAGUGUGAAUAGAUCUGACGUGACUCGCGGGUAGUCAUAAAACAACAUCUCAGGAGGACCUUAGAGCACCUGUAAGGGAGGUUUUUUUUUUUUAAUCUGGGGCUGCAGGCCUGUUAUAGAUCGAGCUGAAGAGGUUUUCAGUCACUGAAGCUCGUUAUGAAGUCCAGAUAUUACCAAUUAAAGAAAGAAAUGGUUUCCAAGAAAAUUAGAGAAGGUACAGCUAAAGGAGGGAGGUAAGGAAGGGUCUAAGGAAAGGAGGUAUAAAUGUGAGGAUGCAAAGUCUCUCCGACUGAGACUGCUUCAUUCAGGCAGAGUUUGACUUUAAUUUGGCGUAUUUAGGUUUCUGGGUCGCUGCAUGCUGUCUUCUCUGUCGCUGGAGUCGAUGGUGUAAAUCACUGUCAACAAGAGAGUUGUUUGAAUCAGAUCGUUUGUUUGAGGUGUCGUUUCAGCAUCUUCAAAAUCUAUACAGGAGUGACAGGCUGAUAGAUGUUUCAGGACAGAUACCUCCACUAUAGAACCAGACUGCAAACAGAAUAUGAUACAACAUAAGCCAAUAAGUGUUGGCCGUAAUAGCCGUAUUAAUUCAAUCUAAUUGUAAGUUAAGAUGGAAAACAGUUUAAAGUAAAAAAAAUAAUAAUUACUGUUAAAAAAGUGAAAGGACAAGAGAGAUAUGGGAAAUUAAGGUGCUAAGACACAAAAUAUAUCCUGGUAUAAAGACACAAUAUGGUCACAAAAUGGCCCAAUAUGAUAAUUUAUAACAUGACACAAGAAUUUGUGGUAGCAUACAGCACAAUAUGAUAUAGCGUGUCAUGAUUCAGUAAAAUAUGAUAUAAAAUAAAACAUUAGAAUACAAUACAGAUUUAUUUGGACAGUAUGGUACAGUACAGUAAGAUAUGACAAAAUACAAUACAACAAAGUUUGAUUCGGUAUGAGAUACAAUAUGGCAAAGAUAUGACUGGAUAUAAUAGGAUUUAAUACAAAACAAUAAAAUACAGUGUAAUAUGAUACAGCAGGUUACAGUCUGGUUCAAUAUGAUACCAUCAUACACGCUACGAUAUGAUUCAGUUCGAUUUAAUACAAGACGGUACGCUAUGAAGCGAUAAGAUGAUCCAAUAGAGUCCAAGAUGACAUGGGAUAAGACAAGAAGUAUGAUAUGAUGCGAUACGUUUCGAGAUGACAAAUUAUGAUAUGGUACGAUACGUUAUAAGAUGAGAAAAUAUGAUAUGAUAUGAUAUGUUCCUAUGCCAAAUAUUACUACAUAAGAUACAUUACGAUACGCAAAAGUACGGUAUGUUUCGAUAUUAUGAGACGAGAAAGUACCAUAUGAUACAAUACAUUACGAGAUGACAAAGUAUGAUAUGAUGUGAUACGUUCCUAUGCCAAAUAGUAUGAUUGAAGAUACAUUACGAUACACAAUAGUAUAUGUUUCAGUAUUAUGAGGUGAGAAAGUACCAUAUGAUACAAUACGUUACGAGAUGAUAAAGUGCGAUAUGAUAUGAUACGUUAAGAGAUGAGAAAGUAUGAUUUGAUACGAUACGUUUCUAUGCCAAAUAGUACGAUAUGAGAUACAUUACGAUACACAAAAGUACGAUAUGUUUUGAUAUUAUGAGACGAGAAAGUACCAUAUGAUACAUUCUGAGAUGAGAAAAUAUGGUAUGAUACGAUUCGAUAUAAUAUGAUAUAGUAUAAUAUAACAUGAUAUGAUAUGGUGUGAUAUAAUGGGAUACGAUACUAUACAACAAUAUAGGACAUUGCAUGUCAUGAUACAGAAUAAAACAAGAUACAAUAUCAUGGUAUGUCAUGAUAAGAUAGGUUAUGUUAUAGCACUCCAGGGUAUGAUACUGUUAGAUCAGAUAUAAUCCCAUUAGAAAGAAUUAGAUACUGUAGAGCGCGGUAUACCUUUGAAUAUGGUAUACCUUUGUUACCUUUAAAUUAAACUAACAACACUCGGCACUGUGAUAUGAUAAAGACACAAGCCAAGAGGACGAUAUAUUGCAGCAACGCCAUACGACAUGUUUAUCCAUGGGACAGACUUAGUUAAUAUUUACACACUCAUAUUUAGGCUAAAAGGAAUUUCACACCAGUGCAGCAUCAGUGUUUUUCAUUUAGCUCCACAGUCUUGGACUUUCUAUUUAUCCCAUCCAAGGCUACGCUGUUAUUUUCACCUCCAGCUCCAGGGUUUACGAGCACCACGUCGAAAAUAGCCGCCCUACGCUUCGGCUGAUGUCCCCUUAGCUGUCUCAUUGUUCCAUAAUGUAUGUGCCGUUGUAGCGUAACAUUAAUGCCGUAUUACAACAUGUCUGCCUCCUCCUUCUAGAGUUUCAAAACUCCCCGCAGCCCGAGCGGAGUGACACUCAGAGGACAGCAAAGGUUGUUGAGCAGCAUGUGUUUAAUCUCCAGCUAUAACUAGGGUGGGGGGGCAGGCUCUCAGGAAAGGGGGUGCAGAGGGAGAGUACAGUACAGAUGGAGGGGUUGUACUAUGCAAGACUGGAAAUAGACCCCUCAAGUUGGCAGCUGGCAGAAGUUCGGGAGGACUGGGGGUAGACAGGGGCAAGAAGGACAGACAUGGGUUGAGGAAGAUGAAAUUUGGAGGAUCUAGCGGCCAUCUCGGAGCGACCAUUCGUCCGAGUAGGAAGAAACCAUUUUAAAGAAAUAAUUUUAAGAGAUGGAGGUGGAGGGAGAAGGCCUCGCUUUUAGCGGUGAAAGAAUCGAGAAGUAGAAAAUCUGAAGAUGUUUCGGAAGGAGCUGCUGGAUGCUCGGAAAGCUUUGAGGGGCGUCAGGGAGGGCGUGAGUGGGCCGAGGAGCAAGAAACAGAGAGGUGAGUGGGAGCAAAACAAAACACGCUCCACAAUAGCGCGCACCGCUUUAUUGGGACUCCUUGAAGCGAGAGGGAAGGAGAGAAGAUAGCAGUGUUUCAGGGAAUUAUAAAAUGCAGACUCAACUGAGUGGAACAGCUGUAAUGGAAAUGAAAACAAGGUAAUUCUCCGGAGGCUGCCAUUGUGGCGGCCUAAUUGGAUUCAUUGUGUGUCUCCUGCCGGCUUUGGCCUCCUCAAGCCCUUGUUUUAUUCAGGGACAAAGCUUUCCCGCUGUAGGAUUUGCUUUAAAACACAAUAAUCUUGUUUGUAAUCGUACAGAUAUGGAUAUGGUUGCCAAUAAACACUCUAAUUAUCCCCUAUUUUUCUUGAAAACGACUUGAAAAAGGCUCUUACAUCACUGACCUGUCCAUUUGACUAAAACUCUACCCUGUAACCAGUAAAUCCUGGUGAUGUUUCCAGAAAAAGUGUUGUUUAUGGACCAUAUAGAGCGUACAAAGCACGUCUUAUUGACCCAAUCCACUUGUCUGGAUUGCAGCCUGCUUACAUCGGCACUCAGGAGUGGAGAUAAUCUAUAGCUGCUCAAUGAUUUCACAUUCCCACCAUAUUACCUUCAAGUGGAUCAGCAGCGCAACACAAUUAAUGAGGCUGUCAAUUCUCAUGAGGCAGGCUCAACCGAACGCUGUUUGGCCUGGCAGAGUGUGUGUUUGUGUUCCAUCCUGCUGGUACACGGUCAUUCACAGGGACCCUCAGGGAUCUGGUCGGGAUUAGGUGGUAGGAUCGGGUUGCAGUGUGACUGUCAACAUCGACCGCUGUCAUUUGGGAUUUCCAAACCAGCUCACCACACAAGCUGGAUAGACAUACCGUUGGUCGCAUUUGUCUCUAGAGGGUGAUGAAGACCCUGCUCUAGGCCGUUUUAUGGUUUUCUGUUAUUGCUCAGAUGGAGUGGUGCCUUAAACGUGGAAAUUUCCAGGCAAUUUCAGUUUUUUUUCAAUUAUUUCUAUUUGAUAUAAGAUCCAAAACCAAACAUUCAGUUUCCCGGCACUGAUUGGCUGAAGAUUGGGUGUAUUUUAAGUCUGGGCCCCCUUUGCUCCAUGUAGUUUUGUUGAUUGUACAAACGGAAAAAGCCAUGCCUGUGAACUAAACCCUCAAAGGUGCCAAUGUUAGAGGUGGCAAUGAGUGUGGUUGGGUGCCAAAAGCUGAUCUAAUAUCAACUGACCACACAGCUACUACCAAACAGCUGACACAAAUGGCAUUUUUGCACUUGGGAUGCAGGGAGUUUGCAGAACCCACUGCUAGUGGACACAGGCCCUUAAAUACCCUGAAAUAUCCUGACUAUUGCAGACAUGGGCCAACUAGAUUUACAACAGCUACAACAGGCUGAGAGAAAAUUGACCAAAAAAAAAGAAAAGAAAAAAAAUGCUACUAGUGGAUAUAGGCCCUGAAAAACUAUGCUUGGUCCUUGCUAUUGUAGACUAUGCUUGUUUCCUCUCUGCAGAAAUGUGUGCACUAAAUUUUUGACUAAAUUUCAGUAUUCAGUAGGCCAAGAGACACCAGUCGAUGAGGAAAAAAAUCAAUUGCAAUUUGUGAUAAAUUGAAGAACCUUUGCAGUUAUAGGCUGAGAGAAAGCAGACACUGAGUCCAGAAAAUGUUUUUAGUGGACACAGGCCCUUAAAUACUGUACUUUGUCCUGACUACUACAGGCUGUUAUGGAUUUUGCUAGAAUGGGUCAGUUACAUUUUUUGAUAAAUUAAAGAACCUUUGCAGUGAAAGGCUGAGAGAAAGCAGACACUGAGUCCAUAAAAUGCUGUUAGUGGACACAGGCCCUUAAAUACUGUACUUUGUCCUCUUUAUUGCAGACUGUGAGGCUUGUGGUUUCUACAGAAAUGAGAUGAUUAGAUUUUCCUUUGAACCAGAGAUGUUUUGCAGUGAUAGGCUAAAAGUUAAAAAAACAUAUGCUGGUGAUUUGUUUUUUAGAUCGUAGUGCCUGAUCUUUGCUACCACUUUUUAACAGAUUCAUACAGAUGAUAUUUUUUCAGUUGACGCUGAAUAAAAGCUGAGUCGUCUCAAAGAUGAUAUCUGUUAUUAGACUCCAUCAUUAUCAGAUGUACACCAAAUAGAAAAGUUAAAAGAAAUCACUGUAAGAUUGGAUUAAAGCUAAAUUUGUUGAUCAAUACUGUGAGUAAAUACAGAUGCCGACUUAAAAAAAUCGUUUGCACAAUUAGGAAUAAUUCGUUCUCCGAUAACUAGCAGGUUUUUCUUGGGGCAGGUUUUCAAGAGCACCCUGCUGUUUCACAGACUGACUCUGAAUAUAAAGCACGCCGGCAUGAUAAGGAAGCUCUGGUUUGAUAUGACGAGACUUGUUCUGCGCUGAGGAGCAGAUACAGUGUGAUCACAGUGUGAUGUAACAGCAGCUGAAUCUGUAUUCUGUUGCGGGGAGAUUAGGGGCCGACUCGCUGCUGAUAAAGCUGCGCGCCUGGAAGGCAUCCAUCGGGGCUGCUCCACAGAACAGACAGACUCUGUCACAAAAUCGAUGGGUUUCCGUGAAGUCUCCUUAUUCUCUUGUUGUUUUAAGCUAAUUAAACCGUAGCAGGCUUCCAAAAUGUACCUGUCCAAAGUCUUUGUAAACACUCAAUCUUUGUCUAAAGACUCCUCCAUGUGCGGUUGCCAAAAUAUGCGUGUGAAUCAUUACAGUAAGUAUUACAGAAAACAAUAGGGCCUGUGAAAUGUCAAAAAAAGCAGAUCCAAAGGAAGACAAAUGACACGCGCCAAUAAAAUCUAAUAAUCCUCCACUAAUGCUUGAUAUUUAACGAUAACUCAGCCUGAGAUUGGUCCAAGCCAAGUCCUUUUGGCUUUUAGCAAUCAUAAAAAAACAACCACAUGAGAGAUAUUUCCAAGCAGCUUGAAAUGGACCCGGAUGAUGGUCCUGGAAUCUCGUGUUAUGAUGAGCUUAUCGAUCCAGGGGGCGGCGUUUGAACUGUUACUUGGGGGUGUAUCCCGUAUCACGCAUAAAGCAUUGGUAUUGAUCGCUGCACUCUCUGGCAGACCGAGUGCCUCUCACUGGUGAUGGAUGGAGGAGGAGGAGGAGGCCUGUGAGGGUGAAGAGAGGGAGGUUUGUUCAAAUAACAAUCGAGAGCCUGUGAAUUUGGAUGUGUCUCAAGUGGAAAGGGAUGAUUUUCACAUUUAAAUCUAGUCGGGUUUGAAGAAAACACCACUUGUAGCUGUGUGAGCAACCCAAAAAGACAGCGGACAGACUUACGGACUGGAAUCAAACACCCCCUGAGCAACUCCUGAUUCAUGCUGGGAGUAAAUCGCACAUAUUGAUCCUGUGUUACACGGCCAUAAGCAUUAACAUGCCUCACUUAAGCACAUUGUUCAGCAGAGAGAGGGGGUAGAAAAGCUGUGCUGAAAUCUGAGCUGAAGCUCCAGGGUGGUUAAUUUGAGAGAGGAGAGAUCUGUGUAAUUAUUCUUAGAUUCAUUUGACGGAGGUGCUGAGAGGAGCACAGAUGUGUCUGAAAGGACAAUUAACGUGCUUCAGAGGAUGAGGGGAGGUGGUGGGAAGUAGUGAUGAAUUCUUGUCAGGUUUUGCUUGACAAAUCACACAUGCUGUGUUGUAUCUGUUGUAUCUUAUGUAGUAAAAAGCUCAGCCCAUUUCUGCAGAAGCUAAAACCACCACCAGAGUCUGAAAUAAUGAGGAUUAGACAGCGUAUUUAAGGGCCUGUGUCCACUAAGUGCACUUUUAUUGCUCUGGCAGUGUCUUUUCCCUCAGCCUACCUCUGCAAGGGUUCCUCAAUUUAAUUCAAAAUCUUAUAGACCUAUUGUUGCAGAAGCCACUAUCCUGACAGUCUGCAAUACUGAGGACAAAAAGGUACAUUCAAGGGCCUGUGCCCACUAGCAGCAUAAUUUUGUUUUUGCUCUGGCAGGCUAACACUUCUAGGAUUCUUCAGUGCAAUACAAAAUGUUGUUAGCCUGCUUAUGCAGAAGCAACAACCUUCACAGUCCACUAGAGUGAGGCGGAACAGUAUAUCUAAGGGCCUGUGUCCACUAACAGCACUUUCACAGUGUGUGCUGGCAGGGCUUCUUUUCUCCAAACAUAUAACUGCAAGUAUUCCUCAAUUUUAUUUGAAAUCAAAGAGGCCCAUUGUUGCAGAAGUCACAACCCUUACACCAAUAGUGAGGACAAAAAACUAUAUUCAAGGGCCUGUGUCCACUAAAAGCAUUUUCAGAGUGUGUGCUGGCAGGGCAUGUUUUCUCCAAAUAUAUAACUGCAAGGAUUCCUCAAUUUAAUUGAAAAUCUUUUAGAGCAGUUGUUGCAGAAGCAACUAUCCUUCCAGUCUGCAAUACUGAGGGUAAAAAAAGUAUAUUCAAGGGUCUGUGUCCACUAACAGCAUUUUUAGAGUGUGUCCUGCCAGGGCCGGUUUUCUCAAAACAUUCAACAGCAACGAUACCUUGAUUUAUCUCAAAAUCUAAUUGGUCCAUAGAAGCUACCACCGAUACAGUCUGUAAAACCAAUCACAAAAAGUAUUUUUAAGGGACUGUGUCCAUUAGCAGCAUUUUUUUUUUUUGCUCUGGUAGCCUUACACUGCAAGGAUUCCUCAAUUUAAUUCAAAAUCUAAUAGAUCCAUUUUUGCAGAAAUCAUGAACCUUUCCAUCUGCAAUACUGAGGACAAAAAUGUAUUUUUAAGGGCCUUUGUCCACCAGCAGCAUUUUUUUUUUUUGCUGGAUCUUUUUUAUCAUAUUUAACUGCCAGAUUCAGACACAACAAAAAUAACUCUUCGCUUAAAUGUGGUUUUAUGCCCAUGCAGUGAUUUCCACGACAGAGUAUUUCAUGUGCCACCAACAUUUUUUUAUAUGAUGCUAUUCUUGAGGUGUUUCUGAAGCAGGUUGUUUAUACAAAAGCAGCUCAUCUGCAUAGAAAUGAGACGAUUUCAUGCCAGAAACAACCUAUCACUCUUAUUUAUUGGUGCAAAUACAAUCAGGGAGUCAAGCGCUGCGUGUCUGACAGCAUUUUUAUGGUGCAUUACAGCGUUGUGGUUGAGGUUGAUGCUGGUUGUAAUAUAAAAAAACAUGUUUUACCGCUGUCUGAGCUGAAUACAUAAACGAGGCCGUCAGGAUAACAGUAGAUUACUGACAAACAUAAAAGUUCCCUAUAGGAGCUUUAAAUGUCUUUUAUUAUUAAGGAUGGUGUGUUUGUACAGUGUAUACACAAACAUCGAUUUGAGGUCAAACUGCGUUUCUGCUGCCCCUGAAAUCAGUCCCAUGCAUCACUCUGUCAUCCUGCCGGGGGGAACUGUGUUUGCUAUCUCAGCCCGAGUCGCCCUCUCUGCUCCAGGCGGUGUUCACCUUGACCCUAUCGGUGGUUAAAGCUAACAAACAUGGAAUACAGAUGAAUAUUUGAUGGAUCAGGGGUUUGCGGAGGGCUGCUUGCUUUCUUAGAGGGGAAACCAAGAAAAAGAAGGAUGGACUGAGCGGGAGAGGAGGAUGUUGACUCUCUCGUUUCUUGAAUUUGUUGGUAUUUCUUUUUAUCGUAUCAUCUGCGCCUCUUCUUUCUGCUUCCCCUCUCAGUUUCUCCGCCCACGUGAAUAAUUUCCCCAACCUCUCGCCUCCACUCUGUGUCUCUUUCCUCCUCUCAAGCUUCUCCUUUUCAUUUUUUUUCGCUCCUGCUCUUUCAAAGCCGGUUGUUUUCUUCCUCAUUUUCCCUUUUUUUUCUUCCUCUUUCUCUUCUACCUCCUCCUCCUCCUCCUUUCGUUCCCCACUCUCAUCUCUGCAAUCAAGACCAGCACGCCCCUUAUGCUCUCACUUCCAACCCCCCACCUCCUCUCCGGCUCUGAGUGCGCUCUCUGUCGAGGCAGAGCGAGCGGAGAGGCGGCGGCGAAGGGGAGGGGAGUCAGACCAAACCAGCUGAGAAUUACCCCCCCCUCUCGAAAGGCGGCGUCUACGUCAGAGAGCGAUGCUCUUCACAUCAGCGGAUGCACGCUGAGACACAAAGACACCUGGCUCCGGCUUAUUUGCAUCCUCUCUCUCGCUCUCUCUCGCUCCCUCUUUCUCCCCCGUCUUGCUGCCAGACCGGAGAGUAAACACACCCACGCACACACACACACACAGACGGAAAAAAAGGCAGCUGAAUCCCGCACUGAAUUCAGAUUUUUCCCCCAAAUCUUCUUCUUGUUGAAGCCACACCCUUGGCUUAUUUUUACAGGGAUGUUUUUGUGAGCUAACGCCACAGGUAAUCUUUCACGCUUGACUGGGAGCUCUACUUCAAGAGAGAUGAAGAAAAUCUGGUCCAAGAAGAGAUUUCAGGUGAGUUUGCACCUUAAAUAAGAUUGUUUUCCAGCUUUAUGCAGAGAGAUUUAAUGCCACACCCUUUACAUUACAAAAACAUGCAAUUAUGUUGAUCUGCAGUAAAUAAAAGGAGUAUUUUUAAGCUUUUUUUUGGAGGUUAAAAAUUGAGUAAGAGCUCUAAUUUUGUAGUAGCAGGAGGGAGUAUCAAAGAGGCGAUGCUCAUUAUCUUCUCCUUUUUGUUGUCUGUUAUCUGUUUGCAAAUCGAGGAUAAAUCAGGACACCAGAACAAAGAAAAUCAAUCCUAGAAAAGUGUUGUCGCCAAGCAGAGACAAUGAGAAAGCUCUUUUUAAACCCUCGCUCAGACACACGCCAAAAACGCUUUUAACGUACUUUUUAAUCAAUAAAACAGUCGGUUAAUGCGCAGAUUUAUGUCAAAUAUCGAUCUGUACGCACGGUUUGAACAGUUUUGUGAAAAAAUAAGUGAUUCUUUGGAAAAUCGGAGCAGAUGGAAAGUGUGUCAGUAGGCUACACUCCAUGGAGACAUGAGAAUCAGGGCAGCCAAGCACAGGGGCGACGAAGUGAGCAAAGAACUGGAUGAACCUGAUAUCUGACGGUGGCUUUUGGCUCCCAUGAAUCCUACAUCAACACCAAAAGCCCUUUUUUCCCCCCUAUUUUCAUCUGCUGGCAGAAUGACACUGUUAGGAUUUGGAUUAUAAGCGUAGAGUAUCUCUGAAGCCUCUUUCAAAAGGAUCCCGUUGGCGGCUGGCUCUCGCUGAUAUGACCGCCUGGAGGCCACGACAAUGGAGAUCACGACGAUGGCGAGGGAAGCUCCCAGUGUCGUCUGUCAAACAGCAGUAACCACCAGGCAACAGUUAAUCAAACUACCCGACACAGAGACACGAGCCAAUGGGGAGUGCGCAGCGAAUGCGUGGGGGUGGAAAUGAGUGUGAAGUGAGUCAUUUGACUUCGCACUUUGACUACUUUUGCUUUUUUUUUUUUUUCUUUUCUCUAUCGACUGCAAAGCUGUGAGUCACUCUGAGGAGCUCUCCUUGGUGCUGAUUGACAAGACUGUCCGAGAAGCAGUUUCCAACCAACUAUCAAGUGCUUCAUCAGCAUGGACGCCAACUCGAACACGACCUUUUUUAGUCGGAAAGUUCAAAUACUUCAAACCGUCCUCAUCACAUUUAUGCUCCUCCAUUCAAAGAGUCUAUUUCUGUCGCUUAUUUUAAUAUUUCAGGGCAAAAACAAAGAAAUACGACCAAAGAUCUUUGAGUUUUGCACUAAAGUUAGACAUUUAGAGAACAUCUUGACCUUAUGCGCUUGGUUUUUACCAAUCUGAUCACCCUAAAGUGGCUGAAAAACUGAGAAAAUCAUUGGAAAACAGCUUGUAGGUUGGCGAACAUGUGCUCAAGAGGCAUUUUAACCCAUAUUUACAACAUAAAUGCAGAGUUUUGCAGUAAUUUCCUAGUUGACUGAUAAUGUCAAAGCCAUAUCAGCAACCUCCAAACACAAGCAUGGAUUAAUCUAGUAGAGUUUUUUAACAUCAGGGAUACCAGUCAUUGUUUAGAUUUGCACUCGAGUCAGAAAUUUGAGUUUCAGUGAUUAAAAACAAGCUGUGUGAGUCAAAUCAAAGGGCAUUUUUACUAAGGGAAAGGUUUCACAGCAUUUUGAACUUAGUUCUCAACGAACUCAUUGUCCUAAAUUGCCUUUAUCAACACAAACAGUGUAUUCGUGACCUACAGAAGGACCUUGUAGAUUUUGCAAAGCCUCCCAUCGUCCAUUUGGACUUCAAGAAAACAAACUAGCUUUUGUGAAGACAUUCACAUGUAUUAAACUUGACCUUAUUUCAACAGUGAAGCGCUGGGAUUACUAAUGAAGAAAGUAUCAUAUCAUAUCGUGUCAUAUCGUAUCGUAUCAUAUGGUAUCGUAACUUAUCGUAUCUUAUUAUAUCUAAUGGUAUCUUAUAGUAUCUUAUCUUAUCUUAUCCUAUCAUAUCUUAUCAUAUCUUAUUGUAUCUUAUUUUAUCGUAUCUUAUUUUAUCUUAUUUUAUCGUAUCUUAUCGGAUUUUAUCGUAUCUUAUCGGAUUUUAUUGUAUCUUAUCGGAUUUUAUUGUAUCUUAUCUUAUCUUAUCUUAUUGUAUCUUAUUUUAUCAUAUCUUAUUGUAUCCUAUCUUAUCGUAUCUCAUCUUCUCUUAUUGUAUCUCGUAUUAUCGUAUUGUAUCUUAUUGUAUCUUAUCUUAUCUUAUCUUAUUGUAUCGUAUCUUAUUGUAAUCCUAAUAUUUCCGAAAUUUAUACAGUCGUACAAUCCAUGUUCUUUAAGUUCCUGAAAUGACUUUGCUGCCCUGGUCCCUCUGUGCCAAACGCCUCCUCGUUUAAGAGCGACAGCACAAACCCCGGGUGUAAUGGCGCCUCCACGACUAAACAAGCGUGACAUUUAAAGAGCGGUUAAUUGCGCGACUGCUCCGUCUUCACUUCAGAGUCAAAUAUCAUGCAGCUUGAAUCUAAUUGUCGGUGUUUGGGCUCUUUUGGAGUUCGCACUCUUGUGUUUUGUCUGAAGCAAAGUCUCUGGCCGUCCUCGCUGAUGAAUAACACAUUUUACUCUAUCUUCUUGCAGAGAACUGGGCAUUCCACACGGACAUUUGGCCGAUUCACCCAUGGUGUGUUGUCAGUAUGAGCUCUCCCCCCUCUUCCUCGCUGUUCUAGUGUAUCUAUUUCUGCUAAGACGCUAAAUCUACUCUGGCUUUUUGAGUUUUUUUUCCUCUCUCUCUUUCUGCUUCUGUGUACAGCAUGUGCUUUUCUUCUUCUUUGAUUUAUCCCUCUAAUGACUCUUGUAUAUUUUAAAGUCACUGUAAUGCAUUUUACAUGUUUUUACUGCUUGCCUGCUUACAACCAGAGUGGGUUUUAUUGUUGUACAUCCACCCCCACAGAGCAAUAUUUGUGUAAUCACACUGUUGCGUAAAUUAUUGGGUGGAUACCGUGUGGCGUGGUUAAUAUUUGGUAAUAUUUGUGCAAUCUAGAGCCACACAGUGAUAUAGAUCCCCCUCAUAAUUACAUCUGCGACUUGAUUUCUUUGCGCAGAACUUAAUCAGAUUCAGACGGGUGGAUCUGCAGACCCACAUCCACGCCGCCGCUGCGAUGUAAUGACUUAAUGGUGAUUGUUCAUUGGCUUUCUUAUCAUUAGGCAGACCUUCUGGAAUUAUCUAAUCAGGAUCUGACUUGAUGUGAGGCGCAAUGAGGUGCAACCUGUUUAGCGGUUGUCUUAGUCCUCCUCCUCUUCCUCCUCCUCCUCCUCCUCUUCCUCUCCCUCCUCCUCCUCCUCCUCGAGCUCUCUAACCAGUAAACAUAAUCCGUCAGCCGCCCAGCAGCUCGGCUGGCGAUUUUAGACUCUUAAUGGGUACGAAGAGGAUUGGUCGUGUGGGUGAGCGAGAUGCUGGUUUCCAUAGUAACGGUGCUCUCCCGUCUGCCCUCUCUUGCUGCCACUAUGGAAGCGAAGUUUUCCGCUCCUGCCGAAAGCAAAGCUAUGGUAAAACCUGCCUGUCUCGAUUCAUCUGUUUUUCUUUUUUUUCUCCUCCUGACUUCAUCUGUUCAUCCUGCUGAUGUAAUGUGAGCGUGGUCUCGGCUGUUUGUUUCCAUCUGUGGUUCCUGCUUCUUCUCCCUCUACCAUGUUUUUUUCCCCUUGUUUUUAUAUCAGCCACAGUUUUUUCUUUUAAAAGUUGAAACACCUCUAUUAUAUUUCUGUUUUUUCUUUAUGUUGUUGAAUGUUCCUCAUAAAAUCAGUAUCAAAAUAAUCAAUAUUCAGUGUUGUUUUUGUCAUAUUUUACAGUUUUGUGACCACUCCCCCCAUUUGCCACCUGAUUUUCCAAACUGCAUGCUUUUUCUUCACUUUUGCACCAACGCAGUUCAUGUUAUUCCACUUGGACUGGUGUUAUUUAAAAAUUUUUUUAAAGAACCAGGUUAAAAAAAAGUCAUUUUUUAUUUUAUUUUACCAAACUAGAUUUGAGCUUUUUUUUUCUACAGUCCUUUUCCAAAAGAUUCCCACAUAUUCGACUUAAAGUUUUAGAUUUUUAUUGGAGUUAAAUUGGAAAAAUCCUUUGGAAAAAAAAAUAAAAAAAUCAAACUCAAGCAUUUGGUUUUUUUUAAGCAUUAUGAAAUCUGUAACCCACAUAUUCAACUUAAAUUUUAAGGAUUUUAUUGCAGUUAAGUUGGAAAAAUCCUUAAAAAUUAAAAAAAAAAAAAAAUCACAAAAAACAAAAAAACAAAAACUUAAGCAUUUGGGUUUUUUUUUGCAUUAUUAAAUCUGUAAUCUACAUAUUUAACUUAAAUUUUUAGGAUUUUAUUGCAGUUAAGUUGGAAAAAUCCUUAAAAAAAAAAAAAAAAAAUCACACAAAAAAAAAAAACUUAAGCAUUUGUUUUUUUUUGCAUUAUUAAAUCUGUUACCUACAUAUUUAACUUGAAUUUUUAGGAUUUUAUUGGAGUUAAGUUGGAAAAGUCCUAAUCUUGUUCCCACAAGAUUAUAAUUGUCUUAACAAGAUAAUUAUACUAUACACACAAGGUUCUUGUUUCCACACAAGAUAAUUAGCUUGUUCACACAAGAUAACUAUUAUGUUUGCUCAAUGUGGGAUAAUUAUCUUGCUGGCUUCAACCUAUUGGAAAUCACGAUUCACAAGAUAACUCACUUUUGUCACAAACAUCAGCACAUACUUACAAGAUAGAGACUUGUUCAGAUAGGAUAACUAUUUUUGCCACACAAGAUAACUAUUAUGUUUGCUCAAUGUGAGAUAAUCAUCUUGUUCCUGCAUGAUAAUUACAUCAUGCAAGAUACUUGGCUUUUCCCACAUGAUUAAUUCAUUGUUUGCAUAAGAUGAAUAACUUGAUCCUACAAGAUGACUGUUUUCCAGGUUCAAGAUAAUUUGCAACAACAAAAACUAACCUGUGCACACAAGAUACUGGCGUUUGCUUGCAGGAUAUUAAACUAAGGCUACAAUAUAACGAUUUGUGCGCAAGAUCACGUUUUUCUGGCACAAUGGCAAUAUUUGGGCACAAGAGAAAAGCAAGUUUGUGCUCUGCGCAAGUUAAUAUCUUGUUUGCACAGCAUAGAUAUUGGGCUUUUUGGCCUUCAGAGGAUCUGUAGUGUUCUGUAUUAUAUUUUAGUACAAAAAGCACAAAUUCAGACACAAAUUAACGACUCCAGGUUGAAAACAGGCGACAUGACGUCCAUAUGAACAACAACAUCAACAUCUACGACCAGAAAAGCUUCUUUAUUUUGCUUUUUUCUGAAGUGGCGCUGCUUUUAGUGACCCUCUAGAGUUAAAUUGGAUUGUAACUGUGCUAAGGUGAAGAGGCUCUUAGCUUCUGGAGAGCGUGAGUAAAAAUUUUAGCAGGUUUCACAGGUCUUGUUUACAGAAUUUUAAACCACAUUCAGUAGAAACACCAGGAGGAACGUUUGGACGCUAAACUCGCCCCUUCUGCUCAAGUCAAACCGAUCUUUUCUCAGGGAAAGACCAUUUAUGAACCCCCUCCCCAACCCGUCAUGUAUCUGCCAUGUAUUUUUAUAAGCCGCAGCUGGCUUCAUGUCACGCUUGAGCUUCAACCCAUUUAUUUCACUCUGGGGGGUUCCCUCAGCUCCUUUCAAGAACCCAUCACACUCUCGGGGCGCUGAGCAAAUGUGAAAUGUCAUUUUCAUCCGGACUGUGGGAUUGUUUUCAGCCUCAAAUGGCCCCUCCUGAAUUCGGGCCUCCUUGUUUCCUCACUUUUGUGUUUUAUAUCUGUCCAUUUCAGACUCUGAGACCACAGAGGAUGAGACCACAGAACCUCAGAUGGAAACCAAAGAGGGGCUCGGGAGGCACCAGGACAAGGCCGGGAGGAGAGGACAUCCAGGUAUUUCAUUUCCUCUUUUCUUAAUGAGCGCCUUGGUGUAGAGAAAAGCUCAUAAUUUGCAGCUUUUUUAAGAUUUACUGCAGCACCACAUCGCUGCCAAACACACACUGCUACAAUAUUAUGAUUCAACGCCGAUUGAUAGAUUUAAUGGAAGGUUGUUACCAGCUUGGCCCGUGCGGUGCUUUGGAUAAAAUCCGAUAUGGCAGGAUGCAUUAAUCCCUCCUGGUGUGAUGCAACAGAGCGACACACUGCCCUAGUUUUCAGCUCAGAACCUGUCUCAGGUCUGGAUCUUACCGUGGGGCUCCGUAGGGAAUAUACAGGCUGAAAAUCUGGGGAUGAUUCUGCUGCAGAAAUGAGGCUGAAGCAAAGGACGAGAACCUCCUCACAAUACUGUGUACGUAUACUUUGCUGGAUUAGGCAGAGCCGUGUUGAUCAGCUGAGUCAGAGCUGCUUAAGAUUCAGAGAGAGGCUGUUAAGGUUUGUUGAUGUGAAGUCUAUAGAAGCAGAGACAACAGCUAAUCUGACUGAUUGACUGAGAGAAAGAGAUCGACUUUGUUAAAUCAUCCAGGUGAGGGACGAAAUAUUCACACAGAAACAUGUGACUCGUGUCUGACUCUUCAGAUACAGCGAGAUACUCCUGCAGCCAUACUGCUGUGUCCGGGAUCAUUGGGUCUCAGGAUACUUGUGUUUCCAAGGCUCCCAUUGUGAUAUGGUGAUAGUUAUUGUGGGCAGUGUAUUGGUAUCAUAUCCUAUCACAUUAUAUCGUAUGUUCCGUAUUAUAUCAUAGCGUGUUGUUGCACAUUACAUCAUUUCACUAUAUAUCAAAAUCUUGGGUAACACAGUGAUUUAACCCCACCUUGUUGCCAUCCCAUAAUAAUAUGGUAUCAUGCUGUGUUGCAUUGUCUUGUUUUGUAUCAUAUUGUAUCGUGUCCUAUAUAUUAGUGUAUCUCAUUGCAUCAUAUCAUGCAUCAUAACAUACGGCAUUAUAUUAUAUGUCGUAUUGUAUCAUAUCCUGUUGUAUUGUAUCGUAUUGUACGGUAUUCUGUCAUAUCGUAUCGUAUUGUAUUGUAUAAUAUUGUAUCCUAUUCUGUCGUAUCGCAUCCUAUUGUAUCAUAUUCUGUCGCAUAGUAUCGUAUUCUGCCGUAUCGCAUCGUAUCGUAUUCUGUCGUAUCGCAUUUAAUAAAUGAAUUAAAAACUUCAUUGAUUUCCUAAGGGGGAAAUUCAUAUUGUCACAGCAGAAACAGAAACGACAGGACACACAUGAGAUAUCAUCAAAAUAAAUAGCCAUGACAACAAAUAAAUAGUUGAUGAUAAAAAGAUAAAAACCUAAAAGUUAAAGCGCUCCACCUUGCUAGCACCUGUGUGUGUGUGUGUGUGUGUGUGUGCUACAUCUCAUUUCAGGCCUGUUAAACAGUCUGAUCAAACAGUCUGAUGGUAUCCUGUCGUAUCGCAUCGUAUUGUAUCGUGUCGUAUCAUAUUGUAUCAUAUCCUGUCGUAUCGUAUUGAUCGUCUCCUUUUUUAACUGAUUGUUCCUUGGUCAUUUUUAUCAGGUAUCAUAAUGACUCAUGAUCAUUGAGUCCCCCCACAUUUUCCACCCCUAAUUUCUUCCAUGAGACCCCCCUACCCCCCAUCAUUUAAUUAUUUUGAAUGUUUGUCUGAACCAGACUUCCAAGGCCAUCACUGUGGGAACUAUUUCAGCUUCCUUUGCCAUAAAGAAAUCUUGAUAACUGACCAAAUGGGGGUUAUAUUAAUCAUGAUGAAAGUGUUUAUCAGGUGCAGCCGUACAGUUUCUCUUUUUUCAAAUACGCUGAAUAUGCACUCCUAUUACUCAAAGUCUUUGGUCAAAGUAACACGGAUAUUAGCUAAUGGUCCAUUUUUAUACGCCAAGAUUUAAUCAUUUUGGUGUGCUGAGAUUUGUGUUUUCCAACAUAAGAAGCAAAGUCGUCCAGAUCUGUCCAAAAAUGGAGGAGUAACUGUUUGUAGCUCUGGCCCAGGAACCCAUUUGGUCCAAUUUGAUACUAUCAGAGUGCCGCUCUGUUCUGUGUUUCUUCCUGGCUCUAACAAAUGAUGAUUUUACAUCUCAGUUGUCUUGAAAGAUAACAUAUUCGAGAUUCAUGAGUGUAAUAAGCCCUUUCCUGUCAAGGAUUCCUCCAGAGAGUAUUUACUCGAUUGCUAAAUUGUUGUUGCCGUCACAGGACCGGCGUGCCCUCACACCGCUUCCUAACCAGGCAACAGGAUGUCUGAAUAUAGAUCAGAAAUAUUGACACCCUUCUCCUCUACCACAGAGAAAUUUUAUAUUCUCCCCUCGCUCCCGCACGGUGUUUGCACUUUCUACGCUUUCGUGUUGGCGGGCCUCAUCACAUCCCUCUGGAGACGGGCUACAAAGAAACAGAGAGAAUAUCAAAUGAGGGAGGGAUGAGGUGAUACAUCAUUUGUUCUCUUCAAGGAGCUGAUUCUGGAUGCCUCAGCUGCAUACAAACACUACAGUGUCUUGUUGAACACAAACGAGAUCAUUUGUCUUGAAAAAUUGAGGCAUUUCUGCAGGAGAUUUGGUUUGCUGUCACUCCAGACGGACCUUGUUUGGAUACAAAACACCAGGAAAAAUCCAUAUUUCUCAAUAUGUUUCAAGACGGCAGCAAAGGCCCAAUCCGCCUGAAAGUAGGAAGGCUGCAAAACUGACUCGCAGGGAAAUAAAAACAGAAGCUGAACUGUAAGAAGUCUUGUUGAAAGCAGUGAUACAGUUUGUUUUCUGGCUGUGCCGCUGAGUCAGAAUCAUUUGUGAGUGCAGCAGGAGCCUGUCGUUUUAUAUCCCCGAUGCCGUAGCAGCUUCAAGGUUUCUGUCGUUAACGAGAACAUGCUGACUGCUCUGUCUUUUCGCUGCCAAAGCAUUCCUGUCUCCGCUGCUCAUCACUAAAAUGUCAAUCAUUACCUGAUUUGCGAUGAGGGAGGAUCUCUUUAAGUGGUGCACGCUCCUCCCCCGACGUAGCCUUUCCAUUUUCUGUUUCAUUUCCUGCCUUUAGAGAAUCAAUAGACUCUUUAUCCGAUGUGCCGCCUUUUUUAUGCUUAAUGAUUCUCCUGCUCUGAGUCUUACGUCAGGAUCGUUUUCCACCGGCCCAGGGUUCUUUCUCUUUCUAUCGAUCAAUCUCUCAGUUAAUGAAGUAAUCUCUUUAUGCAUGCUUUAUGAUAUUGAAAUAGAAAAAAUGCAGACGGAAUCUUCGCUGUUAAAAAAAUUAAAGUAGGCAAAUUUAAUUUAUGUUGCUUGAGGUUUAUCUCCUCUGGUCCACCUCCUUUCUCUUACAGAAGCCUGGUGACUUUCUCCUUAAGCACAAUCAUGUAAUUUCAUUUAAAAAUGUGUAAUUUUAAGACACCAAGUCAGAACAAAUAAUUUCUGUUUACUCAGUGUCCUUUUAAGGGCCUGUGUCCAUCAGCAACAUUUUCUGCUUGGGCAGUUAGAACGUCCUACAGAAGCCCUUUGACUCUCCACAGGAGCUCAACUGAUCAAUUUAAUGGAUAAAUGUUCAAAUUCAAUUCAAAAGAGGACUUUCUAUUUACUCAAGGUUCUUUAAGGGCCUGUGUCCACUAACAGCAUUUAGUCUUGUGGUACAAAUAUUCAACGCAAAAUCACUGCAGUUCAGGCUUUUCAAAACUCAACAUCCCGUACCUGCAACACAUCACUGUCAGAUUCAAAAGGUUCAACUUCUGGAACACUAAGACACUUGUCUUUGCCAUCAACCAAUCAGAAUAGAGAUGGAGCUGUAUAGAAUGCUGGUUGAGUUCACUUGGUAGAGCAGGUGCAAAAGGGGGGAAUCGUCAUUGAGCUGCGUAUUGCAUCAUUUAUCAGUCCAAACACUAAAGCACGUUGUAGAGUGUAGAAGGCUGACACUGUUGGUGGACACAGGCCCUAAAUUUUCCCUCACUUUGCCACAAACUCCUUAGUUGUAGGUAACGUAGAUGAUACGUCUCCAGUUACAUCAAAAAAAGCAAAUAAAAGUAAACAUGAGGCAUACAGAUCUGCUAAAACAGACUUAGUUUUCAAUAAAGGUGGUGUAGUGCAAAAGGGCGACUUUCAAAUGCCGUUGGUGGACACAGGCCCUAAAGUUUCCUUCACUUUGCCACAGAACUUAUUAAUUGUGGGUAAUGUUAAUGAUAUGUCGCCAGUAACAUCAAAUAAAAGCAAAUAAAGGUAAACACGAGGCAUACAGAGCUAUUAAAAACAGACUAAAGUUUUCAGUAAAGGCGGUGUAGUGCAACAGAACAACUUUUAAAUGCUGUUGGUGGACACAGGCCCUAAAGUUCUGUCCUUUUUUGCCAUCGAGCUCUAUGGUUGUGUGUUUUGCUGAAUGACAUGCUUCCUGAUUACAAGAUAACAAAAUAUGGAGCCAAUCCCAAUUCAAAUAACUAUUAAUUGCAAACUUAAUCAGUCCUUAAAUUGUCAAUUUCCUUCGGUUUGAGGGAUGCCAGUUGCCAUGCUGAUGGUCUUGCUUUCCAGAGGCGAUAUGAUAAUUUUAGUUUGUUUCAUAACCAGUCAGGUUUAACGUUUGUAGAAAAACAUCUGAGAUCUCUUUCUUUCUCCAGGUGAGGGAGGAGGGAUGAUGGACUAUAACCCAGAUGCCCCAGACCGCAGAGCCACCCUCCCCGGUGGCUACGACCCUGUAGUGGAACGGGAGCUCCGCACUCUCGGCUCCCGACCUCCAGGAUCUCAUUUUGACCCGACAAACCCAGCCAGGCAAGCCCUGGGUGGCGCUCCCUCUGAGGGAGGCCCACCUGUCCGUCACCUUGGAGUGGAACCACUGAUCCGAGCAUCUCACGCUAACCUGGCCCGGCCUGUUCAGGGGUCAGAGGAAAGUGUUUCUGUCGGCAGCGACUACUAUGGGAGCAUGUUCAGCCUCUACAGAGGGAGAACAUUUUCCAUGCCGUUAUAGCACAUGGCUUUUUUUUCUUUUUUUGAAGGAUUCAACUAAAAAUCAAGAAAGACUGGCCACAAACCCAAAUUGAAAAGAUUACUGUCACAAAAGACAUUUAAUCCUACGUAGACCCAACUUGCAAAAAUUAUACUCCUUUUGUUGCAAGUUGCCAAAACUUGUUUAUUUUUUACUCUUUUUCAAAAGUUCAUACAGUGUUGUGCCCAUUCCUUUUAAUUUGACGUCGCACUUUCCUUUGACUCUGUGUUUUUCUAUGCUGUGAGUGUGGUUCGGUUUCUGUCUACUAAUAAUUACAAACUUUAAAAGCCACUAUCGCUAAUAUUUCUUAUAGCCAUUACCAUGGACACAAUGGUACUCUCUGCUUCUCGAUAUUAUUCAGCACUUCUGAAAACUGUGAUACUCUUUUUAGCCACUGCAUGUUUUGUAGAGCAGCCGUGCACUUUUGGAUUAACACCUUAUCUUUAUAGGUCUGCCGUGGCAUGCAUGGGUUGCUGGCUUUGAUUCAAUGCUAAUGUUGGCAUGAAUGCUCCCACAAAUUAAUCAACAUGUGAUUAACAGGUUGUUUUUAGGCAUGAUGUUUUUGUAUUUGGAGUAAAUGCAGCAGUAUUUCUUUUUUUUUUAGCGUUUUUGUAAUAGCUACUGUUGUAAACCUGCAGAUUUGCAAGCCAAUAAUUUCAGAUUACGACCGUCUUUUGAGUGUCUUCCACUUCGCCAUUGUUUUAUUGAGUUCUUCUUUGAGAGUCUGAAACAGGAAACAGUUUUAUUUCUGUUCCCUUUCUCUGCCAUUUCAUUUCACACUGUGUGAUCUCUCUGAAAAUGAGAAACAAAGAGCACAGACGAAACACAAAGAACUCACGGGUGAAUAUGAAAACACAAGACAAAACGAAACAAAUGGAGGUUGAUCUGCUUCUUUAUAACUCCUCCGACGCCUACAGCAACUGCACUACAGCUCUAACUUCACACCUCCCAAUCCUCACCCCUCUAGGACUCAAACUGCUGCCGAAUCCUCCAAUAUCCCCCUGUCUUCACACAGAAAUGGCAUCAGCUCCCCAAACCAAGCCCAGGACAAAGCCAAACCUUCAGAUCCUCAGUCUAAGACAGACCAAGCAUCAGGUGGUAACAGUGUAGUCAUGACGCCCAAAAUGGCUCGCGCCGCACCCAAGAUCUUUGAUAAAGUCCGUGCUUUCGAGGAGAAAAGAGCUAGCAUCGACCUGCCGGGUGGCGCAUCAGGAUCAGGACCAGGACGAGCGAGUUCCUUCGACUCGGACGACAGUGGAAAGAAGACGGGAGGCCUCAGCAAAGAGGAGGGCCGACUCCUGCAAGGGGUGGCCGAGAAGAGAGCGGCGUUCAAGCAACGGGCCUCGUCCUUAGAGGACAAGACGAGCUAUUCCCAGAGGGUCCAGAGCUACCAGAGCAAGUUCGCGGAAGAGCUGCAGAGGAUCAAGAAACUCGUAGGGAAACCGAGCUUGAAGAAGGCCUAUUCCACCGAGCAGCUAUCCCAGAAAGAGAGGCAGACCACUGGGAAACUAGAGCCCAUUCCUCCGCAAGUGGUCAAAAAGCUGGAGGCCCGGGAGCGAGCCCUGGGGGACGCCAGAGCUUCAGAACCGCAGAACUCCCAACGGGCCAAGGGCAAAGAUCUGAGGAGUCAAAGCAAGAGCCCUGAGGAGGGUAAGAUGACACAGCCAAAUCUACCGGUGGAUAACUCAUCACGAGGAGGCACAGGGAAAAUCUCUGUUACCACGGAGACAGCACCAGAUAACCAGUUACCAGGGCAACCAUUGCCAACAGCUACAAGGACAAGCCUCACCAGGUUUGGAAAACAUCAUUUUCACCAGUUUUGUGUCUCUCACAUAUUCGUGUAAAUUUCGUACUUUCCUGAUAAUUCGGUUUCUUGUUAACAAACUUGAAUCCACUCUGCGCCACAUGAGCAUUUACAUGUUACCUAACACCUCUCUCGUCUUGGCACACAGGAAAACCCUACAAAGCUCUAAGGCGGCUGACAAAGACACACUUGUUGCCGCGUCUCAUAAAUCCUCGUCCCCCAUUAGAGAUCUGGGGACAGAUCCAAAGAGGGAUACCAAGAUCGAUGACAAAUCAGACCAAAGAUCGCCAAGCCCAAGCGGGAAGAGAGCGUCGCCGAUAACCGUGAGGCAACCAGGGUCCCAGUAUCCAACCAAACCACCCCGACUCACCCCAUCGCCAACCCCGUCCAUCAGCCCUCUCGUGAAAAGGAGAAAAGCGGAGGCGGGGAGGUCGUCCCCGGCGUUGAAGGUGAACAUCCCCACGAUCCUGGUGGAGGACGAGCCCAUGGAGACAGAGUGUGAUCCAGACAGGAGCAAGGAGCGCAGUCGGACCAGGAGAGUUCACAAAAGCAAGAAAGGACGAUCUUCUCAACCCAGGUCUCCAGAAGAAGGUAAGACUGGUUUCAUAUUGUCUGUUUGGAAUCUAAUUUCCACCAAAUCAAGUUUUUCCCACCGUCUUCGAACAUUAAAUUUCUUUAUGAUGCGGCUGUCUUACCUGAGAUUUCCACCGCAUCCGGAACGGCUCCGAUCGCUGUACGCCAAUUCAUACCAGGUCCGUUUGUGAAUGCUGAAUUUAUCCAGCAUGCUCGGUGGCAGGAAAAAAAAAACCUCUUGUGAUCAGCUGUGGAGUCUGGCGAUCUGCAGCGGAACGGAAAGAAGCCGGUGGAAACUGACACAUUAGCUUGAAUGGUUACGAUCAGCUACCAUCGGCGGAUACGGCCUUUUCGUAGACAUUCCAGAUGCGGUGGAAAUUGCCGGUUAAUGGCCCAGAGGUGGCUAGCCCCAAAUGUCCAAAGCAAAUGAGUCCAAAUUUCAGUUCUGGUUUAAUUGGCAAAAACAGAUGACACUGGAAAGAGCUACACGGUUGCAUAAAAGUGCACAUUGCUGAACAAAAUAAACGCGUUUAUGCAGGGACACAGUCUAAACCUCAAAUAUAGAUAUUGUCUGAUAUGGCAGUAUUAUCCUUGUCCACUUCAGGAGGAUCCUCCGAUGACUCCUACCUCUCAGCUGACGAGGAACCGGCAGAGGCUCCGAGGUUUGAAAGGCCUCUUCAGGACAUCAGCGCAUCCAGCGAGGCAGAGGUCAGACUGGAGUGCAUCAUAACUGGGACUCCGCCCCCUACAGGUACAACAAUGAAGAUGCAAUGUACUACCCUACAACUCAACUCUUUAUAAGUUUUCCCCUUUAUUUCAUGAAUAUUUUAUUUGGAUUUUGUCUUAAAAUUUCUUUAUUUUUGACACUAGUAAGUAGGGCUGGGCGAUAAAACGAUAAUUAUACAUAUCAAAAAUCAAUUUUGUUGAUAUGAAACAUGGUCAAUAUGCUUUUCUUUAGUCAGCAUUUUGCCAUGUUUUGGUAGACUAUACAAAUAACCAAUGAAAAGGGGAGUUGCUCCGGGUCCGCGCCGCGCUGAACCAACCAUUCAGUCCGCUUACUCUAGCGCAACCCCUUAUGACAAAGACCUCACAGCUGCAGUAGCUUAUUGUAUUGCAAAAGACAAGCAACCAAUAAGCACUAUUAAAUUUCAUUUAAGAGUAACAGGGAACAUUUAAGAUUGACAAGUGAUGUAUCAAUAUCGACUGAUAUAAAAUAAAAUAUAUCGUGAUAAACUUUUUCCUAUAUCGCCCGGCCCUACUCGUAAGGUUUAAAGAUGUUGUUUAUUCAACAAUUUUGCAUUUUCUGACUGUUUUUUGUCGUCUCGCAGCAGAAAAUCCAAAUAAAAAUUCUCUUUAAGGUCCUAUCUUUUAAACGUCGCUGCGUUUUUGGGCAACAAAAACAAAAACAGACGGCGUUAUCCAUUACACAUCUUUGUCAGCUUUUUCAGUGGGAGGUGUUGUUCACUUGCUUGUUUGUGUGAUUCUGUAAUUUCUCUGCCUCCUCAGUGACAUGGAGGAAGAACAGCGUGGAGAUACGGAGCGACGCGUUUCAUGUGGUGAAGUCUGAAGGCGAGCGCCACAGUCUGCUGAUAAAGCGCAUGAGGCCGAGCAACGCCGGGACGUACUGCGUCUCAGCUGUCAGCCCAGCGGGACGAGCAUCCUGCAGCGCCACCAUCUACAUCAAAUCAGGUGAGACGGCGCCAGAUAAGGAGGAAUGAUCUGAGGUUUAUUGUCACAGUGACACAUUUCUGAGCGUGUUACAUAAAUCUUCAUAAAAAAUGAUCUUCUUCUUGGAGCGCACGAACAUGUUGACUCGCUCUAAUCCGCUGCCAGCCCUCCUCCGCCUGACAUUCUCUCUUAAAGACUACAAAGGCCUGCCGGAGCUCAGCAUCCCGGCCGUGGCUCCUCGCAGCCGUAGUUACCAUGGCAACCCAUUAAUUCUUAAAGGCGGUGAGCUCCCCCUCGGUGCCGAUUCAGAAACACACAGACCUGCCCCGUCACACAAAGGUCCCUGGAGUCUUAGAGACGGCCGUGGCGUUCAGAUUCAGGAGUAAACAGACUGAAUAUUCCUUUUGGAAGAGGACUCUGCUGAGGAGGCGUGCGUGUGCGGCGUGUUCGUGUGUAAGAGAAGCUUUCCCGGAGUGUUGAUUCAGCUCAUGUACAUGCAACCUGCGCUUCCACCGGUUUUGUCAACAAAUGUGAGCGUUCGCUGCGCCACAGUGUGAGCAGCAGCAGCAGGACGGGGCCUGUGUUUCCAUAUUAGGCCAGUGGAGUCCAACUUGCAGGAGUAUUUUUAGCCGCCCUCUUGUUCUCUCGGGGUAAUUGCAGUCUGCUUUAUGUCCCCCCGUGUGAGAUUACUGCCACAAUCACAGAGUUUUUUUUUCACCUCCAAAAGAUUUAAGCCGGGAGUCUGAGUUGUGAAAAUGUGGUGGGAGAUUAUGUGAGUCACUGUAGCUGCUGUAGCGGGGAGCUUUUUGGCACCGCGAGGCAAAACUGAGGGCGAGAGUGAUUGAAUAGCUCGAGAGGAUGCCAAACUCAAUAUGGUGAAGGAGAUUAACAUUGUAUUCUUGUGCUUUAUGCAUAAAACAAUCAAUCAAAUUGGAUUUUUAUGCGUUUGGCGGCGUCCAUUAUUCUCUGAGGAGGCUUUCCCAAAGCAAAUCAGCAGAUUCUUAUGUAAUGAAUACUUGUUUUCUGACACUGCUGCUUGAAUUAUAUCAACACGACUCUCUAAACAGGCGGGAUGUUGCAUGAAAUGUUGUCAAAAACAGAUUUUAAAGGCUUAUGGAUAAUUUGGAGCCUUUCUUUAAUUGAAAACAUGGAGAAAUCAUUUAAAUCUGAUGCAACAUUAUUCAGAAAAGUUGAGAUUUUGGGGAAAGAAAGGCUAAUUCCCAACAGGUUAGUAACAUAACAGUAGGGGUGGGAGAAAAAAUCAAUAUAGCAAAGUAUCGUGAUAUUCUGUCUGGGGAUAUAUCGUAUCGUCUCAUUAAUCAAGUAUCGAUUUUUUCAAAUUAAUUGCUAAUAUGAAGUCAAAUCUAUGAUAAUGGAAAAUAAAUAAACUGGUUGUCCAGUGAGGUUGGCCGAGGUUUGCAAGAUGUGCUACAUGAAAAUAAAACACAGCAUAAAUAAGACAAACAAAAAGGAAAGAAAAAUGCAGAAUUAGCUAAAAAGUUUAAAAAAUUGUAUAAAUCGAAAUAUUAUCGUAUCGUGGUCCAAGUAUCGUGAUAAUAUUGUAUCAUGGGGCUACUGGUGAUUCCCACCCCGAUCUCUAAGAAAUAAAGAUAGGAAGAAAUUCACCACUUUGUGAGAGACUGCGUGAGCUCAAAUUUGGGGAUUUCAUCAUCUACAGUUCAGAUAAAUCCUGAAAAUAUUCAGAGAAUGUGGAGAAAAUCUCUCUAGAAAAGGGACAAGACUGAAAACUCAACUGGAUGGCCAAGAUUCAGACGGUACCGCAUUAGAAACAGACAUGACUCUGUAGUGGAAGUCGCCACAUAAGGUUAAAAAUCUUGGUCCAUCUCCUCUUUAAAGCAUUGACCAAGAUUUGCCCAAAAAUUUCCAAAAUGUUAAAAAUUGCAAUUAUAUCAUAUCGUUGCCCAAGUAUCGUGAUAAUAUUGUAUCCUGGGGCCACUGGUGAUUCCCACCCCUACAUAACAGUGCAUGAAAACGGGCUCCAGAGGGGGAUAAGCCUCUAAGAAAUAAAGAUAGGAAGAAAUUCACAACUUUGUGAGAGACUGCGUGAGCUCAAAUUAGGGGAUUUCAUCAUCUACAGUUCAUAAAAUCAUGAAAAUAUUCAGGUUAUCUGGAGACUCUGUACUGGAAGUCGCCACAUAAGGUUGAAAAUCUUGGUCCGUCUCCUCUUUAAAGCAUUUGCCAAAAAAAAGUCAAGUUUUGGUUUGUUAGAUGGCUCAGAGGAGACUUUUUGGACAUUAUUUUGAGCCCAUGCAGUGAUUUCCACUCCGGAGUUGUUCCUAUUACAACCAUCUUUACACUCCACACCUCUUUUCUCAAUGCAGGUUAUUAUUCCUGUGACGUUUUUGAAGCAGGUUGUUUAUACAAAAGCGGCUCGUCUGCAUAGAAAUGAACCAAUUUCAUGCUGAAUCCACCCUAUCACCCUUUUUUAUUGGUGCAAAUACAAUCAGAGAGCCGAGCGCUGUUUGUCUGACAGCUUUUUAUGGUGCAUUACAGCAUUACAGAGGUUGAAACUAGCUGCAGUUUUCAAUUUAUGUAAGUAGACAUGAAGCAACAGCAAAAACAACUACGAGCUGAAUGAUCGGGCAAGAAUGAGGCAUUUUGAAAGCUCCAGAAACAUUUUAAAAUCUGUUUUUAUGAACAUUUGAACAUCCUCCGGCCUUUUUUGGACCUGAGUUUGUCCAUGACAGUGACGGGGAGCUGAAGGAGAAAGUUAACUGGCUCAGUUUGUGCUGCGGUUGUGUAAGAGUUGGCAGGUUGGCGUAAAUACUCCCGGGAGUUUUCCCCUGGAGCACAGACGCAGCUCCGAGAUGUGACUCUAGGUAAGAUGACAUUUACACCAAAUAACUAAGUGCUUACACUUCACAACUUUGCAUAAAUACUUUCUCUGUGUUUUGACUCUCAAGGUUUUAUUGCUGCGAGUCGAUUCUUGGUUUAUUUUUUAAGCGUUCGCAGUUGAUCUCUUCAGACUCGCUUUUAUCCUUUUACACCCUGCUGCCGUUCGCUCCUCAAAGCUUGACAACUUUUUAUUCUGCUCCUCUGAUGGAUGUGAUUCAUUUCACAGUGUUAUCUACUCACACCAGAGUCUGAGAUUUAACAGAAAGCGAGAAGAACGAGGCGGAAAAGAGGUGCUGUAGCGUGUCUGUGUUUUAAAUUUCUCUACCCGGCGGUGAAUUCGUUCUCAGGAGUCCACACGCGGCGUCUGCUCUGGAACUCAGCGGGAAUAGGCGAGUGAUUGGGUCAGGGAUUAAGGGAUUAAUUCAUUAUCUGUGGCUUCAGAGAGGUCUCCACUCCCUCCACGCUCUCUGUGUGAGUUUGGGGGGCAGGUGGCCCACUCAUCUCAAACUCACCGCUCUGUGUUGCCAGCUGCUCAUCUUGGCAACGAAAGCCACCUCCAGAAAAGCAAGCAGAGACUGUAAACAUGAGCGCCCUGAGAGACUGUAAACUCCAAAGGUUUAAAGAGCCUCCUCGUCGACUUGCUGACCGUAUCUCAAAGAGAUUUAUGCCGAAUUUCUUUAAUUAAGAAGUGUGCAAAUCACUGCGGAGUUAAGUGAAUUAGCUGAAGCCAGCGUCUGCUUGAAACAUCGUCAUAUUAAUGUGUCUCUUCUCCUUCCAGAGCCGACUCAAACGCAAUGUGGGAAGCCAGCAUUGGAGGUGAGCAGUCCCAUCCAGUCAGACGAGGAGUAUCUGAGCCCCCAGGAGGAGGCCAUGGAGCUCGGGGAGUCGCCGGCUCCCGCUAAAAGGGUCCACUUCACAGAACCGCCAUCAUUUCAGGUAGGAGAGUAAGACAAGACGGUUAUCAACCAAGAAAAACAUGAGCGAGGAGCUGAAAAAUGAGGCUACUAUGGCUGCAAGGAUGCAAUAUGAUGGGGUGACCAUAUUCUGACUUCCCAAAAAGAGGACAGGAUUACAUGGGGGCGGAGUCAAGGAGUCACACAAAGUUAAUUUUGAGAGUUUUUUGGGUCGGAUCAAGUGUCUUUUAUGCACUUCUAACUCAGGGACACAAAACCAAAACUUGUGUACAAAACCCCAGACAUUUGAAGGAUUUUUUAAACUCCCCCAGACAAGACUGGACAGCCCCAAAAAGAGGACAUGUCCGGGUUAAAAAGGACGUAUGGUCACCCUACAGUAUGAGGGGCAUUAUGAACUACAUUAAAGCUCCAGUAAGGAGUUUUUUUGGCGUUUUUGAAACACAGUUAAACUUUGAAAACAAACAAGACCAUCAACAACACGAUUGGCAGUUUCUACUUCCUCAUAUUUAUGCCUCAAAUUGGUGCAUGGAGGGAGGUAGCAAUGAAAAUCAAUGUAUCCAGGAACCAGCUAGCUAGGUAUCUAGCUAUAGCAGCCCUCCGGAGAAGAGGGUCAGACGCCUUUAAAACAGAAGUUACAAGACAUGUCAUGAAUAUAAAAGCAUAAUUAAUAUUAUUCAAUUUCAUUCAGGUGUAAAACUAAGGUGACCAUAUUCUGGGGGCGGGGUCACGGAGUUACGCAUAGUUUAUUUUGAGAGUUUUUGGGUCAGAUCGAGUUUUUUUAUUUUUUGUUUAAAACCUCUUUUUUCAUCUCACAAUGAUAUAACAACCAAAGAAAAUGUCUGCUUUUUUUUAACCACAUUAUUUCCUAGGGAUACUGAACAGAAAGAAAGCCAGGCAUAAUUUCAAAAUAAAAGCGUGUUCUUAUGACACAGUCUAGAAAGCAAAUUCGAGGCAAGACAGUGAAAAUUUCAACCAAAUUUCUUUUGUUUUUACUUCAUUUGUUUUUCCUUUUUUUCUUGACAUUUGACUGAAUUGUUUUUUAGAAAUCGCAGAAAUUCAUUUAAGUCCUAUUUUAACCUUUAAGAUAAAUCUGUGUUCAUUACCACAAAACAUAUGAAAAUGAAUGUUGAAAGCCAGACUCUAAACACAAAAAAUAUGUCAUUUAGCAAUAAAACUUUUAAGAAAAAAGAAAUCAUGGACACUGUUUAUUUUUCAAAUUUUAAUUUGUUAAUUUUAAAAAAUAUAUUUCUAAAAUAAAUGUUUCAUCUGUAAAAUAUUUCUGUGCUUUAUAAAACGUAUGUUUUUUUAUUUUAUUUUGUUUACAUCUUAUACAUUUCUGUUAAGUUUUUUUUUUUUUUGAUUUACAAGUUUUGAUGAUUUUGUACAUAAAACUCUAUUAAAUGAGAAAUUGAGGAAGUAGCAUAGUUGUCAUUUCAAAAUAAAAGCAUGUUCUUAUGACACAGUCAAGAAAGCAAAUAGCGGCAAGAGAGUGAAAAUUUCAACAUAAGAGCACUAGAAAAAAACGUUUUAUAAGGCCGUCUCUUUUAUUUUUCUUUAUUUGUUUUUCUUUUUUUUCUACAUUUGACUGAUUUGGUUUAUAGAAAUUGGCAGAAAUUUGUCAACGUCUUAUUUGAACCCUACUGAUAAAUCUGUGUUGAUGCUUUGACAGAUGGCCCCGUGUGAUCAGACUGUGACCGAGGGUCAGGACAUCAUCAUCUCCGUCAGAUUUAGAGGACACCCCAAAGCCAUGGUCUACUGGUGAGACACCGUCCCCGAGAGCUUCACCCCACACUCACAUCCUCACAAACACCUGAAGCUAAUAUUUUAACCAAGGUCACCCGCUGUCAGACACACACACACACACACACACACACACACACACACACACACACACACACACACACACAGCGCUUUAUUACACACCUGAGUCUAAGCGCCUCUGACAGCCACUUUGUUCCGUUCCAGGCUGAAGGACAAAGUCACGUUGAAAACGGCGGGGCGCUUCGCCGUGAGGGAAACGAGCGAAGGAGGCAGCGAGAUGAGAAUCAGCUCGGCUCAGAGGUCGGACGCAGGAGUUUACGUCUGCAGGAUCAUGAACGAGUACGGGAGCGAGCAGGCCGAGUGCAGGGUGGAGGUCAAAGGUGAGUAAAUCAAAACAACACAGCAGGUUACGACACGUCGUGAUAUUUUAGCUGAUCACUAUUUUUCUGCUUUUCAUGUCAGCUGGAGCACAACUGGCGCUCAAAAUCAUCAGGAAGGUGGAGGAUGUGGCGGCGAAGGCCGGAGGGUCGGCCAUGUUUGAAUGUUACAUGACAGGACCCCCGGACGUGGACGUGGACUGGCUGUCGAACGGGAAGCUGAUCCAGCCGGCGCUGCUCAACUGCAAGAUGCACUUUGACGGAAAGAGGUGAGUUCGCUGGUUUUUGGUGACGUCUGUGAGUUAAAAGUUCAUUUUCAACGAUUUCAACGAAUACCUCUUAACUUCUUCUCCUCAGAUGCCGUCUGCUGCUGAACUCCGUACACGAGGACGAUAGCGGGACUUACACCUGCAAGCUGAGCACUGCCAAAGGUAAGAUAUCCACGAUUCUAUCCGAAUGUACCGAUCAAAAAAAACGCCUUACGUUAAGAAAUUUGUGAUUACAUCUGCAGAUGAGCUGACCUCCAGUGCAAACCUGAGUGUCACCCCAUCCAGAGAACCUCUCUUCACCCGCAAACUGGAUAUCCUAGAGGUCAUCGAAGGCCGCACCGCUCGCUUUGACUGCAAAGUGAGCGGGUCGCCUCCUCCGCAAGUCACAUGGAUGCACUUUGGUAAGAACCUCCGCCGUCUGAGUCUUGUAUGUUCUCAUCCAGACGCAGAGAAAUUGAUCGUUUGAUGAUGCUUUUUCAGAGACGAGAGUGGAGGAGAGCGAUAAUGUCCGAAUCCUCCAGGAGGGAGGUCGCCACUCGCUCGUUAUCGCCCACGUUAGCAGCGAGACGGAGGGCUUCUACACCGCAAUCGCUCAAAAUAUUUACGGAAAGUCUGAGUGCACCGCUGAGCUGUACAUGCAAGAACCACGAGCUGCCAUCUCCUCUCAAAUGUAAUCAGAAUUUUGACCCAUUCGCCACUUUUUAAGUUUAAAGGUCGUCGUUUUUCGCCACUUAUUCUUCCUGUUUCUUCGUUUUUUUCUCCAGGACCAAGCUGGAGAAGAUGCCGUCCAUCCCCGAGGAACCUGAGGUCCUGGAGAGCGAAGUGGAGAAGAGAACCAUGCCGGACUUCGUCAAACCUCUAUCUGACGCAGAAGUAAUCGAAGGCAAAGAAGUGGUGCUGAAAUGUAAAGUGGCGGGGCUCCCGUACCCCACCAUCGGCUGGUACCACAACGGGAAGAGGAUCGAGAGCAGCGAAGAGCGCAAAAUGACCCAGCGUAAGCACAGAAACCAUCGUGAACACACCUGAACCUUUUUCUUUUUAGUUUGGGAUCAGGAAAUCAAAACUCUGUGUCUGUCCUUCAGACAGGGAUGUCCACAGUUUGGUCAUUCGCAGCGCCUGUCACGCUCACGGGGGCGUCUACAAAGCCGUCAUCUCCAAUAAAGUGGGGAAAGCCGCUUGCUACGCACAUCUCUACGUCACAGGUAAAGAUGAAGGAUUCAAGUUUGAUAUCAGAGUGAUAAGGAGUGAAAAACAUUAAACAUGAAUUUUUUUAAUUAAUGUGAAAACAGAUAUUGUUCCUGACCCUCCUGAUGGUCCUCCAGUGAUCGAGGCGAUCACAGGAAAAACUAUCACUCUCAGCUGGAAGAGACCCAAGAGGCUCGACUCUUCAUUCGGUACGUUCAUCAGAUUUACGGUGAUACUUUUUUCUAAAGCCAAAUGUGUCACUUUUUGUUAUUGUUGUUCAAGUCUGAAGUAUUCAAAGCCUCUCUCUAAGUUAAACCUCAUUUGAGAACAUUGGGGAGCUACGGUGACCCUGAAGGGUAAAUGCUAAAAACAUUUCAUUACCACAAAAAAUAUUUAAAUGAGUGUCAAAAGCCAGACUCUAAACACAAAAAAUAUGUCAUUUAGCAAUAAAACUUUAAAGAAAAUAGAAAUCAUUAACACUAAUUAUUUUUCAAAAAUUUAAUUUGCUAAUUUUUCAAAACAUAUUUCUAAAAAAUGUUAUAUUUGAGAUAUUUUUAUGCUUUAUGAAAUGUAUGUUUUUUAUUUGAAUUUAAGUUAUUUUUUCUAUUCACAAUUUUUUUACAUCUUACUAACUUCUUCAAAAUUUUUCUUUCCAUUUACAACUUUUGAUGUUUUGUGAUUUUUUUCUCAUCUUUUUUUGUACUCAUCAAAUAUUUUUACACUUUUAUUAAAUGCUUCAAAUGCUUUAAUUUUAUUAAUUGUAUGUUUUUUAUUUAAUUUUUUUUUACAUCUUAUAAACUUCUGUUGGUAUUUUUUUUUUUUACCAUUUACAGCCUUAGAUGUUUUGGGGUUUUUUUCUCAUCUUUUUUUGUACUCAUGUAAUAUUUUUAUGCUUUUAUUAAAAUGUGUGUUUUUUAUUAAAUUUUUUUCUUUACAUUUUAAAAAAUUCUGUUAAGAUUUUUUUUCCAUUUACAACUUUUGAUGAUUUUUUUAUUUUUUCCUCAAUUUUUUUUGUACAUAUAAAAUAUUUUUUGCUGUUCUGUUAAUGGUUUUGUGUCUGAAAAAAUAUUUACUUUAGGGAAAAAAAUUGUCAUUUACUGAAAUGUUUUUUGUUACUUAUAAAAUCUUUGUGCAUUUGACCUUCAGGGCCACCAUAGGAAACAACAUCAUUAAAUUUCUUUACUGCAUGGUUAAAAUUUUCCUCUUUAGUUAAUGAACACCGUAUAUGUUCCUGCAGAUGCCGGCUCCCUGCUGUAUGUGGUCCAGCAGCAGCCUCUGGGCUCCAUCCAGUGGUCUGUGGUGGCGUCCAACCUGAGAGAGACCAGCUUCACCCUCACCUCCCUGUCUAAGGGAGUCCGUUACGCCUUCAGAGUCCUGACAUUUACUGGGAAGACUCUGAGUAAACCAUCACCCUCGACUGACUUGGUCCAGCUGCUGGACAGAGGUAGCUGCUCCAAAACAGUAUUUUAUUAGUUAAUAUGAGCCUAAUAUGAGUAUUUAUGGUUAAUUUUAAAUUCUCCUCCUCCUCCUGUAGGACCUUAUUUAAGGAAAGCACCAAUCAUCACAGACAAACCUGACGUUAUUUAUGUGGUUGAGAACCAACCCGCGAGCAUCACCAUCACACUGAACCACGUGCAUGCAGUUGUGACCUGGAAAAGGUAACCUGCUUCAUCUUUAUGUCGUGCUUUCAGACUCUUUCUAAUGUCUAAAUGAAUCAGCCACCUGCAAAACAAGCAGAGAGUGUCUGAGGUUAAACACAAGCAGCUGCUGAAUGUCUGAGUCUUUGUUUAAACCCAGUGACCGAGCAGGAAGCGUUUAUCAAACUAACGGCUGCAGGAGAAUCCGCUCAGAGGCUGGAGCUCUGCUGGAUUUCAUCCCAUUUCUGUUCACUUCAAGAACUGUUUCAUGAACUUAGAAAAAAAAAACAUGCUUAUCCAAACCUCUAAAGACCAGGACUGAGGCGCCCUGCUGAGCUGCAAUUUGAUUGAAUUUGGCAACUUCAGUUUAAGCACAUGAACACUGUGGAAGACUUAGUCUACUGUCUGUGUCUGCAGGAUAGAGGGAGAUGAAAAAUUAUCAAAAGAUUUGAAGGAAAUUUCCCUGAAAAUUCAAGAAGCAGUAUUAAUGAAUUAUACCAGGGAAGUUCUGAAUGGAAUUUGGGGGAAUUUUCACGCAAUUUUUGGAAAUAUUACUAUAGCUAUUAGAAAUUUCACUUUGAGAGGGAUGACAUUUUUUUAUUUAAUCCUUUAUUUACUACCUUUCAUUCCAGACAUUUUCAGGACUUUUUUUGGUAACUUUGCUAGUUUUUAAGAUUUUUUCUUUCAUAAAAAUGUUACAUGUCAGAAACUUACAGGGUUAUUUUGUUGUGAAAUUUCAGAACAUUUCAGGAUUUGUCUGGGUAAAUUUCAAAUAUUUUUGAAGAAAUUUUCAAGAUCUUUUUUCUGGAAAAUUGCAUUAACUCAUUGACACUUCAAUGAUUCUGGAGUAAUUCUGGCUGCUUCAAGAGUUAUUAGGGUACAUUUCCAGAUUUUUUGGGAUCUUUUAAAAAUGGAAACAUUCAAAAUGUUUUUUUUUUCCUUUUUUUAAAGUUUUUGUAGAUUUUUCUGUUUACAUACAGGAUUUGUUUAUUGUUGUUGUUGAAACUUUGUGGAUUUCAGGACAUUAAAAGACUUGUCAAGGUAAAUUCAAAGAAAAUUUAGGAUUCUUUCUGUCAAGACUUGUGAAUUUAAGAACAUGUGAGGAUUUGUCAAGAUAUUUUUAAAAUAUUUGAGAAGUGCUUUCAUGCUUCUAAGAAUUUUCCUAAAACUGUCAUGUAGAUGUGAGUGCUCGGUAAAAAUCUGGAUAAAAUUCAGGGUCAAAGCGAAAUUGAAAUGUAGAUUUAGAGACAUGAGACGCCCCUAAUCAAUACCUACUGCUGUUGUUUGACCAUGUAUUCCAGUGCAAAUUCAAACUCAAAAUAGGACAACCACUCAAGUGAAAAAAGGAGCUGAAGUUGUGAAGCACUUUGGAUAAAAAUCAACUCAGUUUUGUUUGUUUUUCAUCCCGAGCUCUAAUUUGCUCGCACUGUCUCUCUUGGCUUCAGGAGAGGUGUCGUGUUGGCCAACAAACUAGGAGUUUGUGAAAUGAGCAUGCCAGACGAUGACCAGCACACCCUGAAGCUGCAGCGAGUCAAGAGCACAGACAUCGGUCAGCUGGUGGUCACCGCCAGCAACCAGUUUGGCAGCGACUUGUGCACGCUGCAGCUCGCCAUGGCAGGUCAGUCCAGAUCUCGACUUACAGACAGACUUGCUUUUGUGCAGACUUACCAGCUUUGAUUAUUGAAGUUUUAGGAUUUUUUCCACUUCCUCUACAGUGCCUCCAAAGUUUGAGUCCAUCAUGGAGGACGUAGAUGUGCAGGUUGGGGAGACUUCGCGAUUGGCCGUCGAGGUCGAAGGGAAACCAGACCCAGAUAUUCUGUGGUACAAGGUCUGAGUCAUGUUUAUUGGAGAUUUUAGGAAGCAGGAAAUGGUUAAAAACAAGAAUAAUGCGAUUUAUCAUGGUUGCGUUGCAGGAUGGUGUGCUUCUCGCUGAGAGUUCCCACUUCACCUUCGUCUACGAUGAUCCUGAAUACUCCCUUGUCGUCUUAAACGCCCGCCCUGAACACUCUGGUGUCUUCACCUGCACCGCCAAGAACCUGGCCGGCUCCAACUCCUGCAAAGCCGAGCUCACGGUGCACACAGGUCUGCGGAGUCCACCUGCAUGCUUUACCUGGAUUUUCAGCUGUUAUUUCCUGUUAAAACUUAAUGUGUUUGCUGAUGUACUCCACUCCAUAAAAAGCUCAUUGGUGCUGCAAAUAGUACCUCUAAAUCUACAGCAUAUGGGCGGGACCACAAGGUGUUUAGAGAGUACAAUAUGAAACCAUCUGUCAUUCUGCUGGCACACAAUAGCAGCCAAACACACACACACACACACACACACUCAUAAAACUCAUGUGUUGGUCCCUACAGAGCGACAAGAAGCAGAGGAGCCCAUGGAGGACGAGGGGAGCAUCCUGAGGAAAAUGAGGCGUUUGACAGAUUAUUAUGAUGUCCACAAAGAGAUAGGGAGGUGAGUACGGGCGUGUGUGAGCGGCAAACACUCAUCCCGUCACUUAAUGGCUGUUAGAGCGCUGAGGGGUCGGGCUGUGGGAGUGACGCGAGCUGCGCCUGCUGGAUACGAGAUGAGUCACCAGCCGGAGAGCGCAGAUGAUUGUUUGGGUCUGACUUCAAGUAGACAGACAUUAAAAUGAAUUUUUUACAGCAAAUUGGACGGAAAAUAAGCAGACGGGAAACUCUGAGGAGGCUGUUUUGUUACAAAAGCUCACAGGAGGCUUAAAUGCAAAUCAAAUGUUGAUUUUUAUGCUUCAAAAAACAACAAAACACCCAGAGGAAAUUGAAGUUAAUUUGUCUACACAUUUCCUGUAUAAGCGCCACCUCUAAGUGAAAAACAUCUCACCAGGAAGUGCUUUUGUACAUACAAGAACUUCCUGAAAACUUCCAAAUGAUCCCAUAGCAUGAAUAGAUAACAGAGGUUGUCAGUGUCUGCUAAUCAGUCAUGAUUUUGUAUGACAUAAACACAGACUGUGAGGUGUGGGUGAUUUUUAUAUAACCAAAAAGUGUGCCUUAUUUUGAAAGAACAGCCUACAGGGUGUGUGUUAUUUUCACACACCCUUCACAAUAUGAUAUUUUUGAAUAACAGCCAACCAGGUUUGUUUUUUGUUUUUUUUAUAAACAGCCUUCAAGGUAUGUUAUCAGCCUACCAGGUUUGUUAUUUUUGAGUAACAGCCUUCGAGGUGUGUUAUUUUGGUAUAACAGCCUACCAGGGUGUUAUUUUUGAAUAACAGACUUUGAGGUGUGUUGUUUUUAAAAACAGCCUUCCAGGUUUGUUAUUUUUAAUAAACAAGUCUUCACAGUGUGUUAUUUUUGAUUAACAGCCUUUGAGGUGUGUUAUUUUCAUAUAACAACCUUCGAGGUGUGUUAAUUGGUAUAACAGCCUUAGAGGUUUGUUAUCUUUGGAAAAACAACCUUUGAGGUGUGUUAUUUUUGAAUAACAACCUUUGAGAUGUGUUAUUUUUGGAUAUUAGCCUUUGAGGUGUGUUAUUCAAAAAUAACACACCUCCAAGGUUAUUACUCAAGUUGUGUUAUUUUUGAAUAACAGCCGUCAAUGUGUUAUAUUUGAAUAACAGCUGUUAAGGUGUGUACAUUUUGAUUAAUAGUUAAUGAGGUAUUUUUCAACAUUGAAACAAGAGAGUUAUUAGCCUUAGGUUGAUGUGCUUGUUAAAAUAAAUUAACCCAUAAUGGAAAAAAAUAAGCCUUUAACAUUUUUACACCACAUUUAUUUGCUUCUAUUUCUUCUAAUCUGCUCUAAAAAGCCUGAGAGGACAUCUGACCUGAUAUUAUUUAGUCAGGCAAAGGGUCAAAAACAGCCUUUCAUGCUGUGAUAAUAGUGUUUUUUUAGCCCUGAAAUGAGUUUUCUCCUGCUGAAUUGAUGAUUUUAAAAAGCCAGAAAAUGAAAAAGUGUCAAAUAGAAGAAAAAUUACUUUAAUCGAUCCAAAUGAGCCUUUUGUUUGAUGCCAAUGUCGCCUCUUUCAACACAGGGGAGCGUUCUCCUACGUGAAGAGGGUGAAUCAGAAGAAAGGGAAGGCCGAGGUCGCUGCCAAGUUCAUUUCUGCUCGGGGGAAGAGGAAAGCUGUGGCCCUCAGAGAGAUGGAACUGCUGUCUGAGCUGGACAACGAGAGAAUCCUUUAUUUCCACGACGCCUUCGAGAAGAAGAACGUGGUGGUGCUCAUAACAGAGCUGUAUCCUUUACCGCUUGUUACUGAGGUUUCACAAUAAGGCCAAACACGAUGGCACCUUUAAUUCAAACAAUCGCUACCUUUCCUCUAGUAUUGUUUUAAAUCUCAUGCGCUUCAUUGUGGAACAAAAGUGCUCUUAGUUGCAUCUCAAGGACUCUAAAGAUCCAGAGCAUUAAUCCUAAUGUCUUCUGCAAACCCCUGGAGGCAUGAAUGGAGCGCGGCACAGCUUUCUUCUCCUCUCUGACUCAUCCCCGAUGAGUGGAAUUAACCAGAGAUGGGGAUGUGUGGGAGUUUUGCUCAUUUAUAAUUCAUUUUUCAUGCACCUACCGCUUGGACUCUGCAGGCAAAGUCGCAGCUUUUGUUGCCUUAUAUAUAUAUAUUUCUUUUUUCUUCCUUUAACUGUUGUAUGAAGAUGUCACGAGGAGUUGCUGGAGAGGAUGGCCAAAAAAACAACAGUGAAGGAAGUGGAGGUUUGUUCUUGCUCCUGCUGACUGCACUGCGCUAACAUUAUGUAACAUGACUUUUUAAAUUCACUCCCUUUUUUCUUGUUUCUUCACAGAUCCGCUCGAGUGUGAUGCAGGUCCUCGAAGGCCUUCGUUACCUCCACCAAAAAAACAUCGCCCACCUUGAUAUAAAGGUACCCUUCCACUCCGCUUCCAUCCUUGUAUCAGAUUUAUUCCUGCUUUCCUCUCCCUAAAGUCGUUUUUUUUUUUCGGUUCUCCAGCCGGAAAAUAUUCUUAUGGCGAGCCCUGGGAGCGACCAGAUCCGCAUUUGUGACUUUGGUAAUGCAGUCAAACUCGACGCAUCAGAGGAGCUCUACUGCAAAUACGGCACGCCCGAAUAUGUCGCACCAGAGAUUGUUAAUCAAACUCCAGUCUCCACGGCAACAGACAUAUGGUGAGCCACCUGUUCCCUAAACGAGAAGAGUGAGAACUCACUGCAGGUACCACUUUAUCUGCAAAUAACAAAGUCUUGUCUCUAACCUCCUCUGCUCUCCCACAGGCCUGUUGGCGUCAUCACUUAUCUCUGGUACGUUUCAGACGUUUCUUAUCAUGCAGUUUUAUCUUUUAAAAAUAACAAAAUAUUCAUCAAUAAAUCUCCUUUUUUUUAAAGUUUGACUGGUGUGUCUCCCUUUGCCGGGGAGAACGACAGAGCCACCGCCUUAAACAUCCGCAACUACAACGUGGCGUUUGAGGAGAGCAUGUUUUCCGACCUCUGCAAGGAGGCGAAGGGUUUCGUCAUCAAACUCCUGGUGGUUGACAGACUGUAAGCAUCCUCUUACAGCCAUUUUUAGCCAUAAACUGAGCAGAGUGUUAGUUCAGGCAGGCCUCAAAUUCGAGCUACAUGAAAUAAAGUAGAGGUUUGCUCAUCCCGCCUCAAGCAUAAUCCCUUUGCAUGUCUAUAUUUUCCUCUCCUAGGAGGCCCAGUGCCAUCGAGUGCCUUCGCCAUCCUUGGUUCAAAGUGAGUCCUGAUUUGUUUUGUAUUUAUUCCCAAACAAGAAUAAUAAGAAUAAAUAAACGUUCCUGUUUUCGUCUUGCAGUCGCCAACAAACAAAAGUAUCAGCACGGCAAUGCUCAAACAAGUUUUGUCGAGGAGGCGCUGGCAGGUGAGUUACUUUCAUGGCAAAUUACAGCCUCUUAUUUUAAUGUGAUUCAUGCAUAUUCCAAGCAGUCGGCAUAGCAAUUAACAGAUUUGUAAGGGUUUGUAAAUGAAGAUUUAACAAACCCCAGGGCGGGUUUGAGGUCCAAAUGAAACCUCUAAAGCAGGAUUAAGUAAAGACCACUUUUUGGCAGGCUCUUUUUUUUGUCCUGGUGUUUUUCCGCCUCUGCAUCUGUCUGCAACAUUCAUAGCAUCCCUACCGACUCAGAUCACCACAUGGGUAUUAAAGUUAGAAACUGAGAGGCUGCAGAUCCCUCACUGAAUAUGGAGUCCAAAACCUUGAGAGUUAAGUGGGACGGGUUUUAAAAAGUGAGAAAUAUCAUCAUGUGGAAGAACAAAUCCUCUCACUGAGACUAAUUCUUUCUGCAAGCAGCAACCCACUGACUCAGAAUAAAUCAGUGUAAUUGAACUUUCUUUCCUGGUUUUCUUUUUUUUUUUAGCGUUCUCUUAUCAGCUACAAAUCCAAGAUGAUUAUGCGCUCCAUCCCGGAGCUUUUGAACGACUCCUCCAACCAUGUCUCCAUCGCCGUGGCUCGGCACUUAAAAAAAGGUUCCCCUCCGCCCUCGUCCUCCUCAGACUCGGAUGCGGAUGUGGACGAGCUCCCCUUUAUUCCCAUGCCGCUUUCCAUGGUCUUCUCUGGUUCCAGGGUGUCCCUUAAUGAGAUCCCAGCGGAUGAAGAUGUGACUCCGAGGUGCUCUGUGGGUGCUGACGGGACGAGGAGGAAGGACAACGUGGAGAUAGGAGGGAUGAGUAAAAGAGAAAAGGAUGAGGAAGAAGAAACAAAUGAGGAGGGUUUGGGGAAGACAAAGCGAGCGCCCCUGAAGAAAGGAUCGAGUGUGGAGUCAGAGGAGUCGCAGACAAAAGCCAGGCGGGCGACUAUGAGGAGAGGCAGCUCUGCUGAUUCAGCACUGCUGCUCCAUAUCGACCCAGAGGAAGGAGAUUCAACUAAAGACUCGGAGGCCAGUAACAAGAGCCUGAAAAAGGCCGUUUCUAUGGAACUACCAAAUCGCAGCCCGAGCCCUGGAGCGGCAAAGUUAAGCCAGGAAGAUUACGCCCUGAAACUGGAACUGAUGAGGCAGCGGCUGCUCAGGGGAGGCAGCGUGGACAAAAAGAUGAGCGGCCUACGAGGACCUUUGUUUGAGACGCUCGGCAUGGAGGACGAGAGGAGGACUGGGUCUCUGGAUCGCAAUCUGAGGAAAUCCAGAGCCGGACCCUCAACUCUCCAAAGAGCGGCGUCUUCAGACACGACUCAAGAGGACGUGCCAAAGACCAAAGUUUUCCGUAAGAGCGCCUCCUUCACUCAGGGGGAUUCUGAGCCUAUGCCCCUGCACCGCAGAUUUGGAGCCCCCUUGGAGAUCCCAUCGGCGGGUAACAGUAGCACAGAGGGGAAGAAGCUCCAGGAAGCGACCUCAAUGUCGGCACUGACUGAACAAACGACACUGGAGUCGUCCUCAUCCAUGGAUCGGACUUUUGUAUUCCCAACAUCGAGAAAACUGGACCAACAGCAAAAAGAGAACAAAGAUGAGGAUGUGCGAAGUACGAGAGAGGAAAACAAGGAUGAGAUACCGGAGAAAAGGACCAAAACUCAGAUAGAAAAGGCAAAAGAAGCCGAUUCAGAGGCUAGAUCACCUUCUGUCAUUACCCCUAUUAUUGUAAUCGAAGAGGAGGAUGAGGAAGACGGGAGUAAAGAGAAUCAGGAGUUACAGAUUUAUGAGAGGGAUGUGAAGGAAGACAAGACAUCGUCCAAAAAUAGCAAAGCGUCGUCUGCAAAUGCGGGUAUCGCUCAGAAGAGUUUGCAAACAUCUGACAAAUCCCAAACAAAACAAGCGGCAAAUUCAGACGAUCCAAAGCCCACACAACCCCCCACACCACCCGAACACGCCGCUGUGUUUGCCAGAGUCGCAACAGGGGAUAGAUCUCCUCUGACCACAUCAUCAAACCCUGAUCUCCCCGCCCUCCCCCGCCAGCCUGUGCUCAGAACGGACAUAAAAGACAUCGACUCGGAGGAGCUCUUUGAAGCCCGCUUCAAAAAGCGAGAGUCGUCUCUGACCCGCGGCCUCCGAAAACUGACCAGGAACAAAUCAGAGGAGAAAUCUCCCGUGCUGGGCCGGAAAGAGUUUCCAGGGGGUGAGGAGGUUUACCGGCCAGGGCCUCGGGGCGGCCCACUUGAAAUGGUAUCCAAAGGACUACCGGAGAAAUCUAAAUCUGUGCAGGAUUUAAGAGAGGAAGAUAAGGACGCAGGGCUCGGUCUGAUUGGGAGGUUUUCCCUGCGGGGGAAGAGGUUGACAUCCGCUGAUAAGAAAGGUGAGAAACCAAAGGAAGAGAAGCAACAAGAUGUGAAGGAAAGUGCCGUGAGCAAGAGGGUUUCAUGGGCGAUUGGUCGCAGCAAGUCCCUGGACACGAAGGAGCUGAACAACGCUCAGAAGCAGCUGGAAGAAAGAGAGGAGAGAAAAGAAGAGGAGUCGUCUGUCUCUGCCAUGAGGCGCAAGUUUGAGUCCAAAGUGGCGGGGAUUUCGGCCAAAAUUAGGACGCAGUCAGAGGAGAGGAAGGAUAAGGACACCGGGGGGAGUCAGAAAGAGCUGGCACAGAAGAAAGUCUCGGAUUCGCCUGUUGUAGCGAUGCGGAAUAAGUUUGAGAACAAAGUGGCGGGGAUUUCCUCAAAGAUCCGCAGUCAGUCCGAGGAGAGGAAAGACGACGCAGAAGGGAAAAGGACGCCGUUGUUCGUGCGCCAUCGCCACUCCCAAUCCGAAGGCCGUGGACUCAAGGGGAUGGGCAUCCCCGAGAAUCAGCUCGCCAAACAAACCGGCACCACUGCGUCCAAGGAAUCGAUCGAAUCCUCUUCCAGUAUUCAGUCUGAAAAAGCCUCAGAGAGCGAGAGGCGGUCACGGUGGGACAGGUGGGGUUUGUCGAGGAGUAAGAAAGACAAAACGCCUUCUCAGUCUGAUCUGACGGCAGCCUCCGCCUCUACAGAGGAGGGUUUGUCGAAAAGCCAGCAGUUCAUCCGCUCUGCGUCAGACUUCGCUCCUGUUUUUCACAUCAAACUCAGAGACCACGUCCUAUUGGAGGGAGAACCCGUCACUCUGAGCUGCCUUCCAGCUGGGAGUCCUCAUCCUGAAAUCACGUGGAUGAAAGGUAACUUCAUUUCCUUUUCCUUCUUCGACGUAACUUUACUUCUAUCCAGAAGCGCCUUUCUCAUUUCCUGAUCUUUGUAUCGUUUACAGAUCGUAAACCGCUCACAGCAGAGGACCGGGUCAGCCUCGUCUCCCACCCUGAUGGCAGGCAGCUCCUGAUGAUCAUGAAGUCCAGCCGGAAGGACGCCGGAGUUUACGAAUGCGUCGCCACCAACCCCAUCGCAACCAUCACCACUUCCUGCACACUGUCUAUAGCAUGUAAGUCGCUUAUUUAGUGAGGGGAGUUUGUUAAAGGGAUAUUCCGGUGUGAAAUUAAGUUAGGGUCAAACACACCGUAACACCGAGUUAGACACCCAGUCGAGAGAUGAAUGUUGCCAACCGGCGACCGCUUGCUUCUCUAGUUAUACCAACUUUAGUAACGACCGCAUGAUAGCAAUACACAGCGGUCUGAGGAGCCAUAAACAAACCUCAACCAAAACGCCACUCUAUAGCCACAAAUAAUGCUCAGAACAGCACCUAACUUCAUCAACAGGACAUAUAGGGUCACAGCCAUAGUACUAGCCACCAAACAUCUUUUUAACUUUGACUAAUUUCUUUAUCAAAGAGACUAAACACAACUCACCUACUCUCUUCCAGCAGCCGCUUGUUUGUAGCAAGAUCUUGAGCCAGUCCAUUACAAACUGCUGUGGGGUGACACAGCUCAAGGAAGAACAUUUAUGAUCAUUUCUUUCAAUCAUUUCCUUGAAGUAAUAAUCACCAUAUUAAUAAUUUUGCACUGCAGACGCGGUUGUUCUUCUGCCUUAGCGUCUUAGUCUGAUUGUAUGUCCAUGAAGAAAUUAUCAUAAAUGUUCUUCCUUGAGCUGCGAAACUCCGCUUUAGUCUGUAAUUGACUGGUCCGAGGUCUUGCUACAAACAGGCGGCUGCUGGAAGAGAGUAGGUGAGUUGUGUUUAGCCUCUUUGCUAAAGAAAUUAGUCAAAGUUAAAAAGAUGUUUGAUGGCUAGUGCUAUGUCUGUGACCCUGUAUGUACUGUUGAUGAAGUUAGGUGCUGUUCUGAGCAUUAUUUGUGGCGUUUUGGUUGAGGUUUGUUUAUGGCUCCUCAGACCGCUGUGUAUUGCUAUCCUGUGGUCGUUGCUGAAGUUGGUAUAACUAGAGAAGCAAGCAGUCGGCAACAUUCAUCUCUCGACGGGGUGUCUAACUCGGUGUUAUGGUGUGUUUGACCCUAAAUUAAUUUUACCCCAGAAUAUCCCUUUAACCUGAGAAGUGAGAGGUGAGAAGAGGGAGAUUGUGGGAUAAAACACAAGCUUUUGGGGUUAUAGUGUUGGUUUUUUUGGGGGGCAGUUGCUGGAGUUUUUAAGGAAUUUUGGAGGAAUGAGAACAAAGUUUGUUGGAGGCAAAGUUUUGCGUGGGUAAGAGGGAAUUUGUUGGAAAUGAGAGGGUGGAUUUUUUGUUUGUGAGGAGUUUCUUUCCUUCGUGUUUUGUUCUCUCUGCUGAUACUGGAGCAGGAUGAGCCAGAAGAUGAAUGUUUUCUGUUAAAAUAUCGUUUUAGAUGAAUUUCCUCUUCAGUUUGGGUUUUGCCUGAUUGAAUUCACUUAAUUUAAUAUGGAAUUAAAUGGAAAAUGUGAGAUCUUCAUUAACGUCUGUUCUGCACGUAGAAGGAGUUCUUCUGCCGGGGGUGAAAGUGCUUCUUUCUUUUCAUGGACACACUGUAAUUAUCAUUACACUGUAAUGUAUUUUGCAUGAUUUAACUCCAGGAAGAAUGGUUUGGACUAUUAAUCCAGCUGCAAUGAAUAUUAAUAUCAACAGAUUAGCUUUACAGUAGAUUAAUUUAAUGGAUUUUUGGAUUCUCUCUCAUUUGUCUUGUAAUAAGCGGCGUUAAAUGAUUUUCCUGCGAUCUGGUGACUCACGUUCAGAAAUAAGACUCUCAAAGCUUCGAUGGCAAAUAUAUUUCCAGGCUGUCAGGCUCCAUCGAUUGCAUCUGCACUUUAUUUGUUACGGCUUUUAGACAUUUAGAGUUCCUAAUCUCAGCCGGUGGAGCUGUUUGUUUCUCCUCCUUGAUCCAUCAGCGGUGUGAAAAAGACUUCAGACAGCUCGUCUCGCCCCGAGAAACGGCUUCUUUGUUCCUGCCGGUGUACAAGCUUAAUGGGAAAUGUGGUUUUAAAUUUGCUGUUUGUGUCAGGUUUGGUUUGAUUUCAUGACAAACGUUUGUCUGUGCCCCGGGUUAGAGAAAAUAAACAUGCCCUGAUUUCUUUUCCAAUCUUGAUCUCAUCAGGCUUCAAAUCUGACAUUUGUGUAAAUUGAAAGACAAACUCUAUCACUGGUGGUUAUAAAGAAACGCAAAGACGGGUUUUAUGAGUGUUUUCAGUGCGGCUGAUGAAAAGCUGAGCUUCAGGCGGUAACAGCGAGAUUUUAAAGGCGAAUCACAGCGACAACAGUGAAAAAUGCAUCAUUAUGGAUCAAAUGGAGAAAAUGUCAAGAUUUUAAAGGUCAAAAUUUAGAGGCAGGAAAAAAAUAACAGCCUGAAAAUGAGCAAUGCUGCAUAAACAUAUUGACUCUAAUGUACGGUGGCCUCAGAGGUCACCUGUACAAACGUUUUAUGACACCCCCAAAAAAAUUCACUAAAUACCAAAAAGAUUUAACCCUCCAAACAAAAGUCUAUAUGUAUUUGGUUCAUGAAAACAAAAAAAAAAGCAUAUAUUUAUUUAUUUAUUUAUUUUUAAAUAUAUGCAGGAUAUUUUCUAAAAUAUAAAAACAGAUUUAAUAAAAAAGCCAAAUUUAUUCACUAAAAAAAAAACAGAAAAAUCACUUCUUUUUCUGUUUAUAAAGAGGUUCAUUUACACUUUUUAAAAUGUUUUUGAAUAAAUAUGAAAGUGUUCCCUGCUGUGUUUUUGGCAUUAAUUAAAAAAAAUUGGCCAGUUUAGCAUUUUUGUGUGUCGUAAAAUUUGUUACACUUCCUAAAAAUGUUUUCCAUUAAACAUUGUAUUUUUCUGUUGCAUUUCUUUGAGGUGAAUAGUUUUUGGUCAGUCCAGCAUUUUUCUGACAUUUUUUAAUUUAUUAAUUUAUUUGCUUUUCAUUCUUUUUUUUUUUUUUUUUGCAUUUUUAAAAAUAUUUCUGUUUUUUAAUUUUCUGUUGAGUUAUUUUGUUUUGAGAGUUCUUGUUGUAUUUUGUGAAUGUAUCUUUUUCAUACUAUAUAAAAUUUCUGUAUUUUUUUAAUUGCAUAAGUUUUUCAUCUUGGGUUUAUAGAAAUGUUUUAGCGUUUUUGUUAAAUUAAUUCUGCAUUUUAUGAAAAACUUUCAAAUUGACAGAGGGCGCAUGAUGCGACCGGCAGAAGUGAGGUUGACUUUGGUGUUUAUUGACAUUGUUUUUUUUUUGUUAAGGAAGACAUUUUUGCAUUUAUACAGUUGGCUUUCUGGGCUACCGUACUUAAGGACUCAGAAAGGUCUUAUUCUGUUUUCUGUUUUUUUCUCUGAUUUCUUUUUUUGCAAUCAUCAUCGGUGUCUUUUCUAGAAAACUCUUAACAUGUCGUUUCUUUCGUGUCCUCCUUUUCUUCUCAAGGUGUCCCCAAACGCCCCGGGACCCCUGAAGUCCCUCAGACCUACAACAACACGGCCCUGGUGCUGUGGAAGCCAGCGGACACAAAGUCUCCCUGCAGCUACAACCUGGAGAGAAAAACAGAAGGUGGGUGAGAAAUGAUGAUAUCAUGAAAAACUACAGAAUCCUCCUUUAAUUGAUGGUUUUAAUGCGCUAAAACUCACAAAAUUUGACCCCUUGAAGGCGUCAGCGUCUUAAAAAGCUCUGACAAUAUUUAGCUUUGGUUGGUAUGUGAUGGUUCUCGUUGAAAUUAGUCCCCUAAUCCACAGACACCAAUUAGAGCGAGAAAAUGAGUCAGUCCACGGGGGAAUACAGACUGUUCUCGUACUGCUGUCGGAGCUUUUUGUCAUUACGCAACUUUAAUCAGCGUUAUGUCAUAUCGGAGGGAAUAAAAUGAAGUCUACAGCAGCCUCGGUUAAUAUUCAUUGAACUGUUUUUGCUCUGAUAAACUUCAUUCUGACGUGUUUUGCCCGGUCGUCUUGUUCCGGAUGUAAUCUCUGGCAAGCGGCGAGGAUGUUCCCACAGAGUAGAGCGCCACGAGCUGAUUUACAUUUUGAUUCGAGUUUGUUUCACCGUGUGAGCAGAACAGACAAGAUGAUGUGAUAGACUGAGUUUCUAGUUUCCAUAUACAUCAGAUUUACACACUAUAGUUAAGUUUGUGAACGCACUUGAAGCACCAGAGGUUUAUAAGUGGGACAACACUGCCAUCUGGUGGACAGAUUUGGAAUCGCAACAAGCAAACAAACUCCACAUAGAGUCCAUUUUUCAUGCAUUUCUUCCCUCUCUGUGUUUAUAGGUGAUUCUAACUGGAUGACUGUAGCCACCGGGAUCGUCGACUGCUACUACAACGUCUCAGAUCUGCCACCAGGGGGCGCCUUCAGGUUCAGAGUCUGCUGUGUCAACAAGGCCGGACAGGGGCCGCAUAGCAACUGCUCUGCACCGGUCAGCCUUGAAUCAACAGGUACAAACGAAGAUCCCCCUGAAGAGUAAAGCAUAAAGUGAUGUUUUAUCUUUUAUACCACGACUCUCAAGCUCCUCAAAACGACAAAACAAACACCAAAAUUAAAGUUCAAGUUAAAACAAUCAUAAAACUGAACGUAGAGCUAGUUCAGGCAGGUUGAAAAAGUCAAGCUCAGCCCACCCCCACUCCAUCAAUUCCUUUUUUACUGUAUCCAGGACUCGACAGUGUGACCGUUUCACUUGUAUUUGCGACUAAAAAUAGAGGUAUGAGGUAAUUGUACCACCACCACACAACAUUCACAAUCAUACACCAGUGGAGGACACACACUGGGCGCAAGGUGGGUUAAGUGUCUUGCCCAAGGACACAACGGACAGACUAAGGAUAGGUUUGAGCCACCAACCUUCCGGUUAUUUGCCGACCGCUCUACCUCCUGAGCUACGGCCGCCUCCCUAGUUUUAGGUUGGAUAUCCGACGGACAUUAUCGGAAACAGCAACAGCAGCGUGGUUAAAUCUACACCCGCUGUCAAUGUCGGGUGGUGAAUAAGGGACCAUCAAUAAAUUACCUGUUGAUGUUCUCAGAAAAGGCUGUUUUCCUUUUAAUAGCUUCCAUGUCAUGUGACCAAUUGACCUAAAAUUGAUUUCAAAUAAUCAUACCUAUGUCGACUAAUAAGACACACAUUAUUUGAUCCAUUUUUAUUGUGCCCCUAUGGUUCUUUGUGUGCUCCUUACUUUUUCAACUUAGAGCAUAUGAGGGUCUUUGCUGAUUUUCUCCCUGAUUUGGUGUCUCUGAAACCGUCCUCCACCCCAGCUCCUCCCUUAAAUGUUUUGUCUGAUGUUACCAGGCUGCUUUGUGUUGAACCUGGAGGUCUUUGCUGCUGCUCUCCCUGCCUCAGCUUUUCAUACAUGUCGAUGACAGUGUUCUCUCCCAGGCGUAGAAAGCUGCAGUGAAUCUUUUUGUUUUUGUUUCCAUAGUUGGAGGAGCUCCACCUUCUGUAGCUGUUGUACAAACCGCCCCAGCUCCACCUGCACCUGUCGUCACCUCCUCAGUGACCAUCCCCCCGCUCAAACCCGUCCAAUACAACGCCCCCAGAGUUACCGUCUCCACCAUCACCUCCACCUCCACUUCUCCGUCACAUGCUGCCUCUCCUCCUCCUCCUGCGGAAACAACCGCCCAAAAACCAAACUCCAGCCUUCCCUCUCCACCCACAGUCAAACCUCCUCCACCCUUUGUCCUCCCCAAACCUCAAAGCCCCAUCAACAUUGUGUCCCCCAUGACCCAGACUCCACCUAUUUCCCCACCUCCACCUCUUGUAACUCCUCCCCCAACACCAAUCAAACCCGCAGUGGCUUCUGUUCCCACGUACGUCCCCGCCGUCACCGCCCGGGUCGCCCCGAGUCCCGUCUCCUUUACCCCACAAGUGCUGCAGACCUCCAGCCUGAGCCCUAUCGCAGAUGGAGUCAGUACUCCCACCAGAGGAACCCCGUCUGGUCGAGCUACGCCCUCCACCGCUCUGAGACAGGGGGUGCCACAGAAACCGUACACUUUUCUGGAGGAGAAAUCCAGGUGAGACGAUGAUUCAGAAACAUCAAAAAUGGAGCUGAUUCGUAGACUCACGACUUAACUGCACUUUUUUUUUUUUUUCAGGGGUCGUUUUGGAGUCGUCCGUGAGUGUCGUGAGAACUCAACAGGCAAAAUCUACAUGGCGAAGAUCAUUCCCUACAGCCAGGAGGACAAGCAGGCCAUCCUGAAGGAGUACGAGAUCAUGAAGUCGCUCCACAAUGACAAGAUCAUGGCUCUGCAUGAAGCCUACGUCACGCCGCGCUACCUGGUGUUAGUGGCCGAGUACUGCACCGGGAAAGAGCUGCUGUACAGCCUCGUCGACAGGUCAGAGAGGGCGAAGACGGCGUUGUACACCGCACAGGUUUUUAAAUCUCUUAUUCAUUCAAAUAAAUGAAUUAAAACCAACCCUGUUCUCUUGAAGGUUUCGAUACUCCGAGGACGACGUGGUGGGCUACCUGGUCCAGAUCCUGCAGGGAGUGGAGUACCUCCACAGCCGGCGUGUCCUCCACCUGGACAUGAAGCCUGACAACAUCAUGGUGAGCAACCUGAACGCCAUCAAGAUCGUGGACUUCGGCAGCGCUCAGAGCUUCAAUCCGCUCAGCCUCAAACAGAAGGAGUCAGGACCGGGGACGCUCGAGUACAUGGGUGAGGACAGACGAACGUACAACGCAUGAACCUUCUACAAACAUCUCAAGAUCCUUGAAGCAUUAAAGGGAUAUUCCAGCGUGAACAUCUUUUUAGCUUUGCCUAAUUUCUUUCGCAAAGAGACUAAACACAACUCACCUACUCUCUUCCAGCAGUCGCUUGUUUGUAGCAAGACCUCCGGGCAAGUCCAUUAUGGACUGCUGCGGGGUUUCGCAGCUCAAGGAAGAACAUAUUUUAUGCCGGAAUAUCCCUUUAACGAAUCUUAAUUUCUCUAAUUUUUCAUCCUCUACCAAUCCAAGCUCCUGAGAUGGUAAAAGGUGAAGUUGUUGGCCCUCCAGCAGACAUUUGGAGUGUUGGAGUCGUGGCGCACAUCAUGUAAGAGACACGUCCAUGAGAAUUUGACUAUUUUGUACGUCAUUAAAUCAGCUUUACAUGUCAUCAUCUAGGAUAUAAUAUAUAAAGAGAGAGAUAUAAACUGGACAAAUCUCUGUACAAAAAGGCCAAGACUAAAAAAGCCAUUUUUUAAUAUAAAAUACAUGCCUAAGUCUUGUUUGUGCACCUUUAACACUCAGGCUUGGUGGCCGUCUGCCCUUCGAAGACAAAGACCCUCUCCAGGUGGAAUCCAAAAUCAUAAUGGCGAAGUUUGACCCCUCAAAACUCUACACAAAUGUGUCCCAAAGUGCCUCCGCCUUUCUCAAGAAGAUGUUGAGCAGUUACCCAUGGUGAGAAAUAACAACAUGUACUUUUCGCUAUCCCUUUAAGGAAAGGAAAGAAAGUAAAGAUUUUUUUCUUCCAGGGCUCGUCCGACUACUCGAGACUGCUUCUCCCAGGCCUGGCUGCAGGACUCAUACCUGAUGAAGCUGAGGAGACAGACCCUCACCUUCACCUCCAGCCGCCUCAAAGAGUUCCUCGUGGAGCAGCAGAGCAGGCGCACAGAGGAGGCCACCAAGCACAAGGUGCUGCUGCGCACCUACCAGAGCUCACCCAAGUCCCCAGGGUCUGGGACGGCAACGCACGCCCCCAACCCAAAGUGA